AUAUAUAGGCAGCAAAAUGCGCCAGCGCUUGCGCAAUCUACAGUUUUUUUCUUAGCACAACUCGUUUUUAAUUUUAGCUUUUACAUGUAUUUUGAUGAAGAAUCUGAAUGAUUUUGGUUAUCUCUCUCAAUAAAUUAAAUUAAAUAGCUUUCCUCCAUUAAUUUUCUGUGUGACAAGAUUGACUUUACCGUAGUUUCAGGGUAUACGAAAUUGUAACUUCUUAAACUACGUAAAAGCUAGCCAAUCUUCAGUUUUAGGAAAGUAGUACCUCUGAACUGAAACUCUCCUCCAAUACUGUUUUCGUCCUUUUUUGGUAUUUAUAACAUUUAUGUUCCCAAAAAUUGUACGCCAGUGGAACCUUGCUGAAUUUCAGUGAAAUUCAUGCUGGAAAUCGGAUUAAAACCUACAAUAUAACUCAUUUUUAUGACUGACACUUGAUUUAGCGUCCACUAGAUUUAUUUUAGUUACGUGAUAUCUAUCCACUUUUAAGUGAUCCGUGCAUAUGCUUUUAUGAAGUUAUACUCUAACAUGAAGUGUCUUAAUUUAGUAAUGAUACUCAACGAAAACCAAAUAUCUGCGUAUGACCUCGAUGUUUCCAGCUCUUUUUUUUCUUUGUUUUGAUUUUUCUGUGUUUACUUGCCUAACUUAAUGUUACAUUACCAAACUGGAUGAAAAUCUUUACAAACUUAAAAACUGAAUAAAUAGUUCAGUGAUUCACAGAGGGGGAGGAAGGUUUUUUGUGCCAGAAAAUCCAGAAAGGAAGACUGUUGUCUUAGAGGAACUCAGUUUCGUUUGAGGCGUGUCUUUGUUUCUGCAAGAUUAAAGUAGCUGGAAUUAUAGGAAUAUUUGUAAUAGCUUCAUCAGUAAUUAACACUAAGAGUGGAAUAUUUUCAGUCCAAUAAGUUGUUGGUUUGGUGCGAAGCGGUUAGAUGAAUGUAACUGCAGUGUCUUGAUAAAUUCCAGUUCUAGACCGUAAGCCUGAGGGAACUGACUUGACUGUUACAGUUUCGUUGAGAAACAGAUUUUCGGAGAUGAAUACCAGCACCUUUGGAUGGUUGCUCAUGUUGAAAAAAUUAUAGUUCGAGUAUGUCGUUUUUAUACGGGGGCUGCACUUUCAAAUUUAUGCUUUUCGGAUAGGGUGUGGUUUUUUAGGUAUUCGGUCCUUAAAUGCAAUAGGGCAUCCUAUUUACUGUUUUGGAUCUUUGAUAGGGUACCUAACAGCUCUUAAACCACUGGAAAGAAUCGAAAUUACUUGACAUGCUACUGAACAAAACGGUUCAACUACAAUGGAGGACAAAAAUCCUUGGAACGGUUAUGGAAAACCUUCCUUCCACAUCCUUAACUUAUCAAAAUGUUCAGAUGUAGCAUAAUGUACACUUUUCUAACCACUUGGAUACCGCGACUGGCCCUCCCCUCCCCCCUCCAAACAAUGUUGGGAUGAAGAAACACUUUUAGGACAGGGUAAAGUCUACAGGGGUGCACAAACUACAACAUUGCUUAGGGGAGAGGGGGAAAGGGGGAAAAAUUAAGGCAGAUCGUGUUAAUUGUCCUAAGAAUUUUGUCCUCCAUUGUAGGUUUUCUUUAGAAUUCUGUGCUUUAUGCUUGAAACAAAUAAAACCUAUUGUGUUGCACUCUUCUAAACCUAAGGAUGCUAUGAGCCAAAACUGCUAGCCCGAGGUAAAGUUUUCAAGAACGUUUUAGGACGUAUAUAUAUAUGCCAGCUUUGUGUGCAUAAGAACAAAACACGUAGACGACCAUGGUGCGCGAGUACUCUGUUUAUGGUACAGCUGCCAGGCCUACGACGGCAGUCAGAAUGAGUGUGACGAUGUAGUGAUGGUGUGAUGAUGUUGUCAAAACAGCAGCAUUUGAAUUACACAAGUCUUCUGUACAACAAUCCACCAUGCAUUGCCAUCCUAUUUCUUUGCAUUGAGUGUCGGAACACUGUUUACUCUUCCCACAGUGCUUCAUGUAGCGAGUGAGUACCUUGCCUGUCUUGGUUCCGUUCUUCUCUUCCCAUUCAUACUGUGUCAUUUUAAGGCAGGCUUCAUCGAAACCGGGUUGACAGUCAACCACCCUACUUGUCUUGUCGCAGUGCUCCCAAGAAUUUUCCGAAAAGCACAAAAAGCAGCGCAAUUUUGGUUUUGGUUUUGUUGUUGCCUUUGGUAUUGGAGCCGGUUUUCGUAUUGGCGUUGGUGUUUCGGUUGGUGUUUCUGUUGCGGUUGGUGUUGCUGUUAAGUUUGAACUUAGGCUUAAUGCUGCUGUUGCGGUUGGUGUUGCUGUUAAGUUUGAGCUUAGGCUUAGUGCUGCUGUUGCGGUUGGUGUUGCUGUUAAGUUUGAGCUUAGGCUUAGUGCUGUUGUUCGUGUUGGGACUGAUUUUGCUGUUGACGUUCGUGUUGGUUUUGAUGAAGGUUCUGAAAAAAAAAAUGAAAGUAGAGCUCUUAAGCAACACAACGGCGAGAGUUAAGAACAGGUCACUUAUUCAUUUAGCAACACGACGGCGACAGCAGCGAAAACUUACUCGAUAUUACAGCUCGCCCAAUUUGUCAAAUAUAGGCGAGUCUAAUUUUUCCUAGUGGAUUUGAAUUCUUUAAGAAUAACCUCUGAUCAUACCCUCCCCUCCAAUGGCCUUUGCCCACACGUUAUGUUUCUUGCAAUACAAAUCAGUUUUCGUCUUGCGAAAAACGAUUAUACUGCGCUACGAUUAGACCGUUCACAGUCCCCUAUUUUUCCGUGAGAUCGUCGAGAUAUAGCGCGUCUUACCAUUAAUGGCGGCCAUCUUGAUUUUCAAAUGUACCGAGGGGGCAAGCUUCGGGGAUUAUAGCUCUAAGAAGUGUUGACACUCAUUCAAGAUGGCAGCCCGUAACGCAAAGCGCUCGAUCUCGACGAUCUUACGGGAAAAUAGGGGACUGUGAACAGUCUACGCUACGAUGAACAAAAUUAACUUCCUUACGACACCCCCAACUUUCCUCAUUUUGUUUCUUUCCAUUAGCCAUCAUAAAAUGUAAAAAUUCUCUCUUGUUUGAUUUAAUACCUAAGGCUGUUGUUCUUGUUAUCUACACUUGUUGAAUCCGGCGAACCUCGCACUCACAGACGUGGUUUAAACAUGGCGGCAAAACUUGACGAAAAACACAAAAGUCUAGUUGCCGGAUCUUGGACAUAUCAUGUGCUCCAGUAGAAAUAAAAGUUUCAAAAAAUGAAAUAAUCAAGCAGAAAACGGACCCUUACAGUUUAGGGGAGACACACGACUUUAAUUCCUUUCCGUCGAAAGGUUGUUUGUUCUGAUUCCCUUUAACAUUUACACUCACACAUGCUCACACUUUUUAACGACACUUCCAACUCAAGUUUCCUCAUUUUGUUUCUUUCCAUUAGCCAUCAUAAAAUGUAAGAAUUCUCUCUUGUUUGAUUUAAUGGCAAAGGCUGUUGUUCUUGUUAUCUACACUUGUUGGAUCCGGCGAGCCACGCACUCACAGACGUGGUUUAAACAUGGCGGCAAAACUUGACGAAAAACGUAAAAGUCUAGUUGCCGGAUCUUUGACAUACCAUGUGCUCCAGUAGAAAGAAAAGUUUCAAAAAAUGAAAUAAUCAAGCAGAAAACGGACCCUUACAGUUUAGGGAAGACACACGACUUUAAUUCCUUUCCGUCGAAAGGUUAUUUGUUCUGAUUCCCUUUAACAUUUACACUCACACAUGCUCACAGUGGAAAAAAUGGCCACGUCAGCGCAGGAACAAAUGCAGUGUAAAACUGCAUUCUGUGGCGACAUUGACCAGUGCACUGCAACUAAUCUAUUUUUUCUUAAUCAACUUUUUGAAUAAAUCGGCUUUAUAUCUUGACAGAAGUUUUUUGUAUUUGUAUUUGGUGAUUUGACAUUUUGAUUUCUGCUAGCGAAAAAUCGAGGUACAGCUUUGACAGUCUGACUAGAAAUCAAAAUCUUGUGAUAUCGUUUAAAGGUAAAUCGAGCGGUACUGACGUACUACUAUGGGCUUUAUCGUCUCAAUGUACGACCGCAAAUGCUCUUAAUGGAUGUUUUAUUAAAGGUGACAAACUUUUUCGUGCACAUGUCACCUUUAGACACUGCUUGAGAAUGCAAUUUAUCCCUGAUCUCUGUUUGUUCAAGUGAAGUGUAAUUUGCAGCUUUAAAAACAUGCAAAAACCUGAUAUCAAUAGAUGCCGAUUUUUUAAUAACAUACGUCCUGUUUCUACCCUUAAGUAAAAAUUAUAUCUCCUAUGUAUUAAGAAAGCUUCACAAAAUGCCUUCAAACCUUGUAUUAAUCGAUGACAAUUUUUUUGGGUGGUAUAGAACUUCCCGGAAGAACAAAAUAGUCGAUGAUUAAGUACGUGACUAGCUUCUGUCAUAGUCAUACAUCCGCGGUUUUUUUUACCACUGAUUUAUGCCGCUAAUUUGAUAUAGUUACAUGCAUAUAUAAGUUUUGAUGAAAAAAAAUCAUACCUAACUUUUUUAGAAGUCAAGUAUCAAAACACUCUUUUCAAGGAAAUGUUGGGUUCCGUUCUAUGAAUUGUUCAGUAUUAUGUUAUUGUAGAUUUACUCCUGCAACUACAAUCCUAUCCUUCAGUAACACGGAGAUACAAAUUAGACACUCAAAACAAUAUAUUUUUAUCUUCAGGAGGGUCAGGAUACGGUCGAAGCCGUCUCAGAUAUACUCAAACGUGCAGUCAAUCAUAAAGUUUUUAUUCUGCUUUUUUUUCUUGUUUAAUAUUCCCACGAUUAACUCUCCGACACUCUCCAAACGUUGGUUAAUUAAUUUGCUUUAAAUUUCACUGCUAAUAGGACUUUCGAACUAAAGGGCACGAUUUGAGUCUCGAUACCUUUUUGUCGUCGCGCGCGUCGAUAGAUUAAAGAUUGAUUAUUAAUAGAAUAGUGUUAGUGUUAGAAAUAAGUUAAUACCUACCCCCACUUGCCCCGUUCAACGUGUUCGGUAUUUGGUGGGCGAGCAUAUAAACCAACAGGAUCUUUCUCCAAAGUGACAUUUUUGUCUCGUAGUUCUCGACUUGCGCUCUGUGAAUGGGGUGGCCUUUUUAAAUGUGCGUAAAUUUUUGAAGUCUUGAUUCACCCUCCCUUGCCAGUUUCACGAACAAUCUGCUCCAACGUGUUGGCGGUGUUUAUUAUUUGUUUAUAUCGCGUGCUACACAACUGUAAUAUGAUGCUGCUAAAGGGUAACGCUUGUCACACGCCAAAAGCACUAAACAUGCUAUCUGCAACAACAAAAGCUUUGAAGCGCAAAUGGACUUGUAAAAACGCUCAAAGGUUUAUCCUUUCGGGCGUCUGACGCAUUUUUAGCGACUGUAAAUGCGUUAAUAUGUUUUUUAUUUGUUUAGAUCGUUUCCGGUUUCAUCUCGGAAGUGUCACGCUUGAUCACGAUAUGAUCUCAUUUGCCGCGCUUUUUAAAUGGCGCCCCCAAAGGUCGACACUUUUCACUCGAAGGCACUGUUUACGUCAGUAGGAAACAACUUCACUAUGACGCCUAUCAAUUAAUUAAUAUCCUUUCCUCUUUGACUGAGACGGUAUCUGAGUGGCCCGGGGGGUUACUCGAUAUAUCCCUGGGUGGGAAGGUGCGGCGCGGCCCCCUGACCCUGUGUAAGACAAAUAUCGCUGAUUUUCCUACCCUGUUUAAGACAGAAUUCCGAUUUUUGAUACCCUGUUUAAGACAUCUAUUCUGUUUAAGACAAAAAUUAAUAAAUCGAUACCCUGAUUAAGACAAAAAAUGAUAAAUUCGAUACCCUGUUUAAGACAAAAAUCCCGAAAAACAUACCCUGGCUGGCCGCACGUCCCCAUUAAGCCCUUAUAAGGGAGUACCCCCCCCCCGGGCUGAGUGGCAAGAUUUAGAUUUAAUAAAAGGAGAUGAACAGGGAAACAAGAAGAGGAAAUUUGCUGGGUUGAUCAGUUUAGAAUGUUAAAGUAAGAUUGAUUUAAUUAAUUCCACACCUGGAUUAUUGCUUGUCUCGGAGGAAAUUGUAAUGUUUUGCUUUCAGUUAAUAUUGUCUGUGUUCACGAUAUCAACAACAAUCAGAUUUAAUGAUGUUUUUUCGGAUCAAUUCUUGUUAUUACGUGUCUAAAAUACAUUUCUCUAUAAAAAAAAAUUAAUAAACGGAACAAAAGGUUACAUUUGCUAGUUUUUUUAGUACAAACAUAAAUUAAACUGAGUGGCGCAAAUAAUAGGGAAAGGUAGAAAGGUAGAGCCUCAGGAGUAUUGGAAUUAAUAAUUUUGGCGAAGUUGUCAAAGAGAGUAUAUCUGUCAGGUAUCUCAUGAAAUGAUUUUAGUCCGGAAAAACUGUCUCAAGGCUUAUAGGAGAACAGAACAUUAGGGGGUGAUUACAUGACACCGGCGACUUUUGCGCCGGCGCGAGUUCACUCCGGUUCCCUCCCAUGGCUUUACCUUUGUUUACAUGAUACCACCACAAAAUGUCAUGCCGGCGCGAGUCACACCGGCGUGAGGUCACCCCGUUUGUUGUACCGGAGCGAGAAUUUCACUCCAGUGCGAAAUUUCGCAUCGGUAUCAUGUAAACGCGAAACGACCACCCGUUUCGGUGUGAAAUCGGACUGCAGGUGGACUAGAACGGGUAGUGCAUGCGUAAUGUUUGCGAUUUUGAAUCACACGUGUAUUUUAUCAGCAUGAAGUGCACCUUCAAAUAACCGAGAUAUGAAAUGACCCAUCAUCAUGUAAACGCGACACGAAAUCAAAAAGUCAUCCCGGUGUGAAACUCGCCCUGGUGCGAGUUUUCUCAUGUAAACACCUGCUUAGUUUCAUAAUAAUUUUUGUAUGACUGACUGAGGCCCCGGCCACACGAAUUCGGAUAUUUUUGAAAACACUUUUUUUUUUACGCAAAUCGGCCUUUUUCCACACGAAGCCAGUCAAUUCGUUCACCCAAACUGCAGCUUUUUAAAGGGGCCUCUUCAACCAGUGUGCAUUGCGGGCGUGCACUUCACCGAAAUCAUUUGCUGUAACACAGAAAUCACGAACGUUGGAUAACAGGAUUGUAUCUGUUUCUUUUAUAGAAGGGUAUCACAGCCUGCUAUUUUCUUAGGUUGUGAAGAUACAAUCCGAUUUUCAAACACAAUCAGAACGUUCGUAAUUUUUUGUAUUACAGCAAAUGAUUUCGGUGAAGUGCACGACCGCAAUGCACACUGGUUGAAGGUGUCCCUUUAAUACCGCUCUCCAGAGUGGUUUAAAGCCCCUCCCACAUAAUCUUGGUUUUAAAAAUGCCCGGAAUCGUGUGAACCGGGUCUGAAUUAACGUAAUCUAAGAUCAACGCAAAUUUAUUGCUUGGGCGUUUCCAUGGCGAUGCCCGAGCUAUAAAAUAGGCUUCGUUUUUUGUUCUGGUACAAAUUGCCCUCCUGCACAUACAGCGCGUGCGCAUAACAGUAUGCGUAAAAUAGGCCAGCAGACUAAGCGAGAACACAUGUCCACUUGCCUGCUGAGGUGAGGAAAGCCAUCUGUAUUCAGUGUAUAGAACUCCGUGAUCGCCAGAAUGAGUUCUUUCAUUUCUUAUACGUGAAAUCUUUAUACUAAAUGCACACGCUGGUUAUCUCUAGACCUACAGUAAAAGAUGCGUGGCGAACGAAGGGUUCAGUUCAACCAGACGAGACCAGUUUACUCACGAAAUCUUUCGCGUGAACCUUAUUAAGGAGCCCUUUCGAAGUUGUGAGCUACUAACGGAGUUUGAACAGAGGGUGUCUGAUUAACUCUAGAGUCUUGUCGAAGAUAUUAGGAAUGCCUCCAUAUUUGAGCUUAGUUCAUGCUUUGCAAAAGAAGAAACGGAAAAUGUAUUGAGUACUUCAAUUAGCUUUUGUGUAACUAUAUUCUUGCUCUUUGCUUUGAUGUCAUUGAUUUUAUCCUCUAUUGUUUUUAUGACCUCUACUAUACAAUUACUGCAGUCUAAUACGUUAUAGUCACGCAAGCAUCGUCUCCAGAUAUUGUCUGUUGUUAUUUCGAUAUACGUUGCCUUUGAAGGCUGUGAUUUCUUAGGUAACGUUUUUUAUUUGAACCUUUUAUAUGAAAGCCCCAGCUCACGCCGUUUUUUUGCGUCUAGUUGUUUGUAAGCUCAAGGGCAGUAGAAAAUUACAGCGGGCAAAUGCAACAGCUAUACCCGUAUUGUGCAAAUAAGGCCCUUUCCUCUCGAAUCCGUAUAUUUUUGAAAACUCAUAUAUUUUUUUUUUACACGAAUCGACCUUCUGUCCACACGAAACCAGUGAAUUGGCUCAUCGAAACCGCUCUCCAAAGUACACGUAGCAGGGUAGAAAUAUACCUGCCAACUUUUUUCGAGUCAAAUGCGUGAGAUUUUCAUUAAGUCAUGUCCGGGAUUUCGAAAAAAACGUCCCAGCAGUUCCGAAGAUUUCCGACGAUUUUCCGAAGACUUCCGAACGUAGCCGAAACUGUCCGGAGAUGUUCCGACGACUUUUGAGGACUUCCAAAGCUAUUUCAGAACACGACAAUUUUAGCAUGUUUUGAUUUGAUUAGGACAGGGAGUUAUCUUUAAGCGACUUUUUUGGCAUAUUUUAGUGCAGCUUGAAUUGAAUUUUCGUUAAUAAUUACGUGUUAAAGAACACUUUUUCCGGAUUUGUUAGUCAGGCGUGAGAAAUUGUCCGUGACCCGUGAGAUCGAUGUCUUCAGUUUGCAGGCGUGAGAGUCACGCGUAAUGCGUGAGAGUUGGCAGGUAUAAAAUAUAUGUGGUUUCAAAACUGUACGGAUUCAUGGGGAUGGGGCCCGGAACCAGUGCUCUAAGAGGAAUUGCUAUGAAGCCUAGUGCUCUGAACCUUGUGAAAUCCAGGUUUCGCAGUAUCUAUGCAAAAACAAUACAUUUCCUAGUUGCGAAAGUGCUGCUUGAGAACGGUCCUGUUUUUUUUAGAUGAUGUACGUAAUGCCCGUUGCACUGUGAAGAUGGUGUUUUCUUGCCUAAUUUUUUAAAUAUCUGUUGAUGUCCUUUAAAGUGUCUUUUGCAUUUUUGUUUGCAUUUUAAAGAGCUCUUGAUAACUUGUUUAACAAGUAGUCGCACGUUUGAGAUUGAAUUUGAAGUGUUACUUUUCGAGGAGAAUGCUAUGAAAUAGAAUGAAGCUGAUGAGAUAGACGCGUAUUGCUAUAAUUUGCAAGCUUCGGUAAAACGGGCAACUAGAACGUGCAAUUUGUUUUGCAACAUUGCUGCAAAACGAGUUGAAUAGCGAUGUUGCGCGUUUUACCACCCACGUUCAGACCUGUUAACAACCUGAUUUGUUACAAGACAGUUUUGAUGUGGGUGGUAAAACGCGCAACAUUGCUAUUCAACUCGUCUUAAAGCAACAUUGCAAGACAUGUUGCAUGUUGUAUGUCGCCCGUUUUACCGUACCUGAAAUGGGACUAGGGACCUUACGAAACUACGACGGCGACGGCAACGGGAACGUCUAAAGCCCAAUGGGUUUCAUGAGCAAAACAACAACUCUGCACGUGCAUCGCGCUUUUUUUGUUCAUUUCCUCGCCGUUCCUGCACAACAACGACGUGAAAUGACCAAAUUUUAUGUUGACAUGAGAACUGGAACGGCAACGCGCUGAAUUUUACUAUCUCUGUCUGAACUCGGACGCGGUCCCCUCUCUUCAGUUCCAACCCGAUUUCCCUGCUUUCAGGUAACUGCCUGACUUGGUAAAAGGUAGAAAAAGUUUCAGAGGAUGUGGAGUCUAUUUUCUAGCGACGUUUUCAUUGGCGUCGCCGUUGUCGGGUCGUAAGGUCCCUACUUGUUUCUCCUGAGACGGGAAAACUACAGUGUUGUGUUUUUCUUUCAAUACCUUGAGAGAAGUGAAAAAAAAAAACUCGAACUCAGAAGUUUUUUCCUUGUUAUGCACCCAGUUCCACCCAGCCUCGUUCCCAGUCAUCCUCGGCGAUUUUCGGAUGUGACGUCACUUGUCUAGCUUGUCGGGAAAUUCGCAGCACCUCUGCUCACUCGGAUAGUGCGAAGUGGCUUGGGGGCGAGGCUGAGUUCCACCCACCUCCUCAGCAAAGGAGAAGGAAAGAAUAACCAUAGGAAGGACGACCAUGCUUGCAAAACGUUAAUAGCAUGAACACCUUUUCUUUUCUUAGUGCUAAUUAUUUAUUAUCAUUAUUUUCAUUUUUGUUCAACGAGGAAUAUACAUAACCGUCGGUGCGUCUGAGUAAUGAAUGAACUGCAAAGCUUUAAAACGUGAACAGUUUUUUUAAAACAUCUAACAGCAUUCAACAUUUGUAACCCUUUGAACUGACUGUGGAGUCCAUUCACUCAUCUUUUGAUGAAACACUGUGUCGAAUGCUUGAUAUAACUUCUCAAACAAAAGGAUCUUAAAAGGAGAAAUUAAGGAUGCAAAUAUGAGCACUUUUUCAACUAAUUUCCAAACACUCGUUAAAUAUUUUAAAUUUCCUUGCAUUUUUUUUUAUGAAUUAUUGAUGAGUUUGAGAAACGGGAAUCUGAAAUAAAUUUCGGUUGGAUUCAGUUGCAGUAUGUGGUAUAAUCGUCACAUUUCCUGAGCUAACAAAUUGCUGAGGAAAUUACGCAUAUGCUGCAAAGAAAUCAAACCUUCCUUUGUUGGAACGAAAUCCUUGCAGAAGGUACUUAAUAGCCACUACUCAGCGUCUGCGUAUAUUGCUUGCGGUGCAGGUGUGUACUAUCCUUAAGCAUAGUAUUUACAAAUCUUUACCCAUAACAUUUCCCAAAGUGUUUGCAGUCUCUUGUUUGGCUAACAAUGCUUUGUACUGUAAUGUCAACUGUGAAAUUGUGCGAGAUCAGAACAAGGGUCAUGGCCCCAAAGACAACCCUGUAAAGAUUGCAGUUGCCAUGACAACGAGGCUUGCAGUGUUGACAACACAGGUGUUACACAUGUCCUGGUUGCAACAUUUCACAACGCAACUCCAUCCAAGCUCUUUGCAUUCCUCGUCUGAACAGCCUUCCGCGUGGUCACACUGCUUGACAAACUCUGUUAUCUGUACUCGCUUGUCGUUCUGUUCUUUCCACCUGGUUAUCUUUUUCUCCGUACACACAUUAGUAUCGUCUGGACAUAUCACUCCUUUGACCUGAUCAUUGCAGUUCUCCCACGAUUUGUUAGAGUAACAAUGGUAGCAGGACAGCGAGCGCUCUUCUUUGUUAUCUGUGAAUACAUGUAAAUAUUUUCAAACCUGCAUUUACUUUAUCUUAACAGGAGCCCAUAAUUAACCCGGAGAGAGCAACUUCCAUGCGCUCGUUUUCACGGACUAGUUUAUUUUUAGAAAGGUUUUGGCGCGAAUUUUGAAUACCUUUUAAAUUCCGCAAACCAGUUCGCAAAACCUACAUACCUAAAAAUGAUAUUUUUACCUUUUUUGAUAUCUCAUACUUCGAAUGCGCUCGUAGACAUGGUGGAGAUUCGAUUUUUGCGAGAAAAAGUGCCCUAAAAUGUGUCUAAAAAUAAACUGGUCUGUAAAAACGCCGUGACGGAGGCCUAGUAUGAGAGUUGCUCGCUCCGGGUUAUGGUCUCCUGAUUUUAAUACUGAGCAUCUCCACUCCCUGCUUCUAUUCAAUCGCCUUUCAAAUUGUCUCUUCCUCAGCCUGCGCCACAGACGAAACCAAACUCUGGUUAAGUCCGUCUGCGAAACAGCGCCGGAAUCCUUGCUCUGGGUCGCCAUCUGUGUACCAGGAUUUGAUUACGCACCAUUAAUGGCCUGAAAUUAAAGCCAUUGUCGAUCUGCCAAUGAGGUUGAAGGGAAAUUCGAAACGCACUUCCGGUAAUUCGUUGAGUCCGUUGAGGGCCCAGAAUAUGGAUAUCGGCGCUGUGUCGCAGACGUUACUUACCAAGGUUAAAUUAUGUCUGCGACGCAGGGUACCUCUCCUGUAACCCAUUAUAGUCAGGUCAUCAUAUACUCUUUUGCAUCGUUCCCUUUGAGACGACACUAGCAUUUAGUAGUCUGCGUAUCCUUUGUAAAGACGUUUACCUAUGUCUAAUUAGCAAUUAUUCUUCGUGUCCGAAUGGGCUCUGAAUUCGGCCUAUUGACUCAGGGGCCAUGAGGGCGAGAGGAAUAAUUGUUUUAGUAAAAUCCAACUAGCUGGUGAAAAAUAUCAGGACAAAACAACUUUAACUAGCAAAACGCGAUUCAGCCGCCGUUGUUUUGGGUUUCAAAGCUGGCGCUUUUCGCUACUGGUUAUAUAGUAGUAGCUCGACCAAUCAGAACGCAGCAUUGAUAGAAGUUGGAUUUUACUAACAAAAUAUAUAGUACGAGGCUUCCCUACUAGCAGAGGCCUCUCAAGGCGAGACAAAAAUAAGAGAUGGAGAGAGACUGGCUCUGCCGGCCACCGACGCGUUCGUCUUGUGGAGCCGCCGACCAGAAUUUGUGGUCGAAACUUACUGGUUUUCAAAACCAGUUUCGUUUAAGGUGCAAUGCGCGUGCCCUGUUGAGAAUGUACGCCGGAAAUUUCUGAGGCCACGUUUGUUAUCGCGCAAACCGGUUAGGCCAUCCACUUUUUUUCUCCGUUUAUCGUCGUCCGACCGACCCAAAUUUUUGGCAUUUUCAAAACAACAAAAAAGUAACGACGUAGUGAAACCAUUUUUGACUUGAAAAAAUUCUUUUAAUCUGAAAAAUGAGCAUAGUAACAGCAUAGAGAAAAACAUGAACAAAGACAGGAACAUUUUUUACAGUAUAUUGUGGGUUCUGUUAAUCCAAAUAUGUGAAUGUUAACUUUUAAUGCCAUCCUGGGGUACCAGAGCUUCAUAUUCUGAGACUACUUGUGAUUUUUUUAAAGGUUUUUUUUGCGAUCCGACCGACCGACCCAAUAUCAGGAAACGCAUUCGACGCUCACGAAAGAAAAAAGGGGGAUGGCCUUAAGUAAAUUUUGUGGAACGUGACCGGGCCCUAGUUGUACUAAAGGUGGAUAGCGCCAUCCACUGGAUAAAUAGAGAAUAUUACACGGUGGCGAGAAGAUAUGAAUUUUAUGUUCGAGUGGCAAGAACAAUAUCUCACGAGUGAGGGCAGCGAACGAGUGAGAUAUUGCUCUUGCCACGUGAACAUAAAAUUCAUAUCUUCGAGCUAACGUGUAAUAUUCUUUUUAUUAUAUAAACAUACUGAUGACAGCGUUUUUGAUGAUUUUCCGAAGAUUUCCGACCACCUUCCGAAGAUUUCCGAAGAUUUUUCAAAUUGUCCCGAAGACCAGACGAACGUUGCCGAACAUUUCCCGAGAAUUUCCGAAAAUUUCCGAAGAUUGCCGAGCACUUUCGAGGAAGACCCGAAGAUGUUUCGAUGAUACACCAACGAAUUUUAAGUACAAUUUAAGAGACAAACCUGAUGUCAGUGAAAUUAUCGAUAUCUUCACAUGUAAAAAUAUCGUAUUUUUACGUGUGUUCAGAUACCACAUUUCUCGGUGGUAGAAAUCCUUGUAAAACACUGCAGUUUAUAUAAUAAAUAUCUGUCCACUGGAUAGCGCAGUUGGUUUUCCUAAUGCUUAUCCACUGGAUAGUGAUUUAUCCGGUGGAUAGCGCUAUCCACCUUUUUAACAACUGGGGCCUGGUUGUUAAGAAAACGCCAGUGCAUGGAUAAAAAGAAACUCGUCAGAAGCCGGCAGAGAUCUGUCUCACCUUACUCUCAUUUUUCUCUAGUUUUAAGAGACCGCUGACAGCAGGGAACUACGAGGCCUAAGGCUAUUUAUGAACGUCGCAGGCCCGUGUAUUUGUACCUUGGAGUUUUAACGAGGGUGUGUGGUUUACUUGAGAGUCAGGAGAAGCGGGAAAACAUAAAAAUUCUCCUUCCUCACGGACCGGUCACUCUUGCAAUACUGACAAUUUAAGCUAGUGUUUGAGUCACUAAAAGCUUUCUGUUUGCAUUGAUGCGUGUUCAUGUUAGGUAUAUUCACUUUGUUUGCGCAAUAUAGUCCACAUCGAUAGAGGAUAUUAUGGAUUUGUUGUCAGUUUUCGUUUAUUGUUUACUUUUUGGUGGUUAACAAGGCCAUGCUAGUGUGAAGGGAACGUUUGAAAAUUCCUUAUUUUCGUAGAAAUUCGGGUGGGGCAUUAUCCUUUUGAGUGGUUAUGUAACUCUGCGGUCAGGCUAAUGCGAAUAUUGCGGUCGGUGUUAUAAUAUCCUUCACUUUUUAUAAUUGCCGCGGUAAAAAUUUACUCUCUGAGGAAAGUUUACAUGUAUAUUAAAAUGACGCAUCUCGCUACCAUACCAUGGUUAACCAUAGUUCAUAAAGGAUCUUUUAAAACUAAUACUUAUAACCAAAGGAUAAAAUGCAGUGUAACUCAGUUCACGGCAGCUGAAACCAGAAAAAAAUCUUCUUCAAAUAUUUAUAUCAACUGGUCCCAUGUUUACGAAGAUGAAAAUCAGACCUGAGGAAAGCAAACUCAUAAUUUUGAAGUGAAUAAGUUUAUCUUAGCCUAGUCAAAAUCAAAUAGGCCAUUUCCGAGUUCCAAAAAAUCUCACUUUCAAGGAGAGGCUAAGUGCGAAGCCAUUGUUAUGAAAAUGAUUAAAAAUUAUGAUGCAAAUAAAACUCAUUUUCACAACAAAGGUUUCGCACUUAGCCUCGUUUUGAAAGUGAGAUUUUUUUGGAACUCGGAAUCAGUUCGCACCUGUCGUAAGGUUUUAUCUUGCGUUGUAAACCGCAUUAACUUGUAGUUCAGUGAAACAUUUUAGUCUUACUAAGUGAUAAGCCCGCCGAAACAGCACAGUUGAUAAUCUGCUAGCCUGAAGGAGUUAUUUCGCCGUGCGCGAAGCUCGAGAGCAUAGCGCGUGACCCCAAUAGGUUUUCCGGGAUGCGGGAUUCGCCUUAUGUGAAGGUUGGGAUUCGGGAUUUUAAAGUAAUAGGGGGAAGAUUCGUGAUUGAUAGCAUUCUCGGGAUACCUAAGUGCUGAAAGGAUCCAUCGGGAUUACGGGUUUAGAGCGAAAAUUGGGGUCGCGAUCACGGGUGGAAGAAUCUUAUCAGGGACUCUCCGCUGGGUGUAAACCAGAACUUUUUCCGCUAGCUUGACGCUUGGCUAAAGAUCGCCUGUUAUACAGGAUAUAAAGUUGUCACUGGGGUCAGCUAUCGUCAAGUGACUGUACUUCCGUCGAUGCUUAAGUUUGCAAUAACAUGUCAGUCGUAUGACGAGGAAAUUUUGGCUUUUUUCUGAAGCUUCCUAUUUUAUUGGCAUUGCUUGUCGUCACUCCACCUUUUGUAAUUUCCCCGUAUAAUGCAAUUGGCUUAUUAAACAUAGCUAGCAGGUCAUGAAAUGUGGGAAAUGCUUAUUCGAUAAAAAAAAUGUUGUGUUCUUUUAAAAAACUGUACUCAUCUUAUUAAAGUAAAAAAAUACUACUGUAAAAUAUUAAACGGAAGUUACAUGGUAUGACGUGGUAAGGUGUGGCUUCUAAGAAAUAAAAAUCGAAAGAAAGAUAAGGAAUAAACAAUGAUUUUUGUUCGUCACGUUUGUUCAUUCGCAGAGGCUCGAUGGUUUUGGAUUUAUUAAUGAGGUUCAUCUUACGUUCUUUUCUAAGACAAGCGCGCCCAUAUCUAAGUGUUUCAAUUGAGAUAAGUAACAUAUGGGAAACAGAGUGGCUAUUGCUGGGAAAGUGUUCUGAAACUGCGGUUUGAAUGUAACUACCGGAGGGGUUAAGGAUAGGGCGUCUAUGUUCAUUAAAACGGUCCUUGAGGCGGCGUUUGGUUUUUCCCAAUAUACUACAAAGACGACAUUGAAUCAUGUAGAUAGCAUUGAAAGUAUUACAAGGCGUUCACAAAAAAACUUGGGAACGAAGAAUCACGCGAAACAGAGGAACGAGUUUCUUCCUGGUUUCCUCGCGUUUUAUCUUCGCUAUAUAGUUCCUCCUCGUUGCACUAUGCCAACAUGCACUUCUAGUUGACUUUUCGUUUCGCCUUGCACUGCCUGGUGUUGUUUCGAGGAAAAAUGAACGACGUUGAGUUAAUUACCCAACAAGUUUAGUUAAUUAUUUUUGUAGUUGUUGGCAAACAAUCGACUCAGUAGAGAGGAUGGUGAAAUUAAACCUAGUUUAUCUGAUGAGAAUAAUUCUCCAUUUUAUGCGAAGACAGAAUUUCCGUAUAUUUACAAAAGUUGAUGUAGGGGUCACGCGAACUCCCCCUAAACAUGAAUAUUGUUCACACUGAGAAGUAGGUUUUAAAGCGAAAACUGCCUUUAUGAAAUAAACCAACUACACCAAGCGAACACACUGAAAACACAGUGCUUGCAUGGCUUUUAAUAUUUUUGAAACUAAUGUCUUUGACAUACAAAAACUGUAAACAAAUCGUGACGCAAAGGUGAAGCCUCUAAAUUUCCCUAAACGUGGCAGCGAAUUUGGGGACACUUUCCCAGCGGUCUUCGAAGGUCUUAUGUAGACUUAUGACAGUGUUAUAAACACGUGGCUGAAUGUUUCUGUGGACGGUGUUUGGUUUUGACUUGCAAAAAUGAUCAUCUCUUUCUUAUUUGUUGGGGCUGUGCGCCCUUCGAAUACUAAGUUUAUCGGAGUUGUGUAAAAAAUGGAUUCCUAACAAUCAUUUUCCUUCUUCGAUAUUUAUUAAGUCCGCUCCAUUUUUGUUGUUAUUGAAUCCGCCGUCAUAACGCGCGCGGUAUAGAGUUAUUAAAUGCAUGGAAUUACGAGGUUUAGGAAAAAAUCGCUUACUAACCAGUUACAGACUCGCCAUAAGUGAUUGCUAGUCGAUUAAGAAGGUACAGAAGCAGUAUGACUCUCGGUAUCUCCAUCAUAUGAAUCCGGAAUAAUUGACGGUAAAAGCACUGAAAUCGGAGUGAAACUUGUCCUCAAGUGCUUAUACAGUUCUCUUUAGUUGGAGAAAAGAAGAUGGACGUUUGUUAUCCUAUUAUCAAUUUUCCUCUUCAAACGAACAUAAAAGGCUAUUUAUCUAAUUUUAAUGCGUGCUCAUAUUUAUUUGCUAUGCCAUUUGGCAUUUGGAAGGUGGAUUAGCUGAUUUUGUUUGCGAAAUUUAAGCCGCUUGUCAAGGUAGCUUUAUAGCGGCUUUUAACAAUGUCUCGUGUCUUCCGCAUUGUUCAUUUCAGAAGUAUCUUUACAACUAAAGUGGAGGAAUUUGUUUGGAGAAGAAAACAGUCUUUUUUGCGUCAUGAAUGGCAACCGGAAAAUCGAAUUUUCAUUCAUUGUGCAUAUAUAAUCUAUUCACACGACAACACGAACCAUAAACAAAAAGUUAAUUUGUCACUGGCUUGGCGCCAAAACUCGCUAAGUAACUUUGAGAGGGGGAAGAGAGUCAGAGAAGCGAAAAGAGGAAACCUAUCGUUCAUUUUUUUUUUUUUGGGGGAAGCCGGGGGGGGGCUGUUGGUAUUUGAUGGUUAGUUAUAGCUCCUGUAGUAUAUACAUGAUGACUCCCUCUUCAUUAGUAAUUUUUUUUUGGAGGGGGCGGGGGGCUGCUCCUUCCCCUUUGUAGCCCAAAAUAUUUAAGAAAAUAUAAUAUAAAAUAUAAAAUAUUUUCCUCGGGAAAAUCUAAAUUUGUUUUUGAAGGUCAGUAACGCUGGUUUUUGGCUUUCUGGUAGACUUUUUGCAUUAUCACCGACGCCGUCACUGCAAAAGUUGAAGGAAUUUUUUAAUGACUCGCCCUUUACACCUAAGGUUUUUCGCCUGCCCGCCUUUGAAGCCAUAUUUUUUUGGCACGACCCCCCCCCCCCCCUCAAAUCCCACCGGCUUCCCGCCCCCACCUGAUAAAAAAAAUGAUUAGUCUCUAAAGAAGGCCUUAUGCUCAGGCGUGCUAUGCAUGCCUCUGGUUAUAACCUUUCUAAGCUUAGGUGAGAUGUUUUGUCAUUCAUACGUGGACGAAAUAUGUGGUGUGCAUCUUUGACAGAAGCUUUGCAUAGUACAAUUUUUACAUUUCCGAAUUUUACGAUAAGAAAUGUGGAAUGUUUUUAAACAAAUUCACCUUGGCUUAGUAGAAGUGCAGGGGUUAAUGCAUUGUAAAUAGCGUUGUAUAGUCCGAUUCUGCGAGAUUCUGCGCGAUGGAUCGAUCGCUUCUUCAUUUGUGUUUUGUUUAAUUUUUGUUUCUUUGAAAUUUUUAAAUAUUAAUAUGAUAAUUAUGAAAUUGUCAUGUCUUUUUUCGUGUAUACAAAAAAAAUUUAGUUCGACAGGUUGCCGUUUUAUGAAGAUUGUGUUUGACGGUGUUUGCUUGUACGCAAUACGGAAUAAUACCUUGUUCUAAAUCAUAGCAAACGUGGGAGUCGUAUGUUUCGAGAGCGCUGAUCGUGGAACAGUUCGUUUACACUAGAUGGCAAAAACGUUUUACCAAAACAACAAUAUACUGUAAACGAUGAGACAACAAACGGGAAAACUGGGAAGGGUUCAUACAUUUGAAUUGUAGAAUAAACGCAUGUCUACGAGUUGUAAGGAUUCACUUAGAUUUCCCCGGUUGUGGCCUUGAUGACACUGAGGUUAUCUUCUGCCCUCCGUCAGGAGAUUUUCAAGGAAACAUGUGUACACAGGUCAGGAUAUCGCGAGGAAAAAUGGAAUGAUCCUUUGAAUGUAUCCACGGAAGGAGCUGUUGAUUAUGAAGGAUACUGCGAAGGUCAUUUUGAAUUAGCUGAAUGUAAAUAGUCUUGCGCCCAUAAAUCCAUUACGUCUCAUUGUUAAUAACUCGGCCGCGGGCACUUGUUUUUGCCGCUUUCAUCAGCUGUUUUCUGUCACAUGAUAAUUUUUUUGACCAAUCAAUCCACACGUACUUGGAAAGAAGGAAGGUCUGGGGCGCUUUCCAUUUGACCUUAACGUCCGAAAAUUUAGAAACGGUGGCGAAUGGGGAUGGUACGGAAAUGAAAAUUCCCGAGCAAAUUCCAUUCGCUACUGGAAGUUGCCGACAAUUCAAACUCGACGUUUUGGUUGAAUGGAAAGCGCCUAUGUUGAAUAAUGCAGCUCAAUCUUUUGUUUCUUUGUAAGAUUUGCAGUUCGAAAUUUUCCAAAGGAUCGCUCAGCUGUAGUGUUAAGCGGUUGAAAUCGUCUAUUGUAAGCGAGCGCGAGACUUUUCCCCCACCGCCAUCCGUUGGAGUGGCUUCUGUACUUGUGCUAGUCGUGCAAGCCUUCAUGUUAUUAGUCUAAAAUCUUUAUUUUUCUUUUGAAUUUAAGGCUGACCAGGACUUAACGCUCUUACUUUAAGGACGAUUUUGAGCGUCGAAAACGUUCUAAAAAUGCCCCAUGAUGUAAUAACGGGAUGGUCAGGCCUAAACAACGUUUUCCUCAUCUUUUGAGGUAGCGUACGAAUUCAUCGGGAGAAAUGGCCAUUGUUCUCGGGAUAUUUACUUACAGUCGGUGAAAGCUUCUAGGUCUGUCAUAUCGCUUAUUGUUAUUCUAAAAUGCUGAGCAGGAGUCUUUUUCAUUGGUUAUACCAUGAACGCGGGGCAGUACUCCUCAUCGUGGAGUAGGCUCAGCCAAACAUUAACUGCAUUCAAGGCUGUGCUCUAAGGAAAAUUUCAGGGAGCCCUUCGGGCUCCCAAGCAUUUUAUUUCAGUCGCCCAGACCUCAAAGUUGGUCGCCCGAAUAAAAAUUUCGGGGAGCCCUUCGGGCUUCCAAGCAUUCCAGCUGGGGUGCCCAGGCCUCUCAAGUUGGUCGCCCGAGUACAUCUGAUAAGGAAGUAUUUUGUACGCACGCGAAUCUUACUCGCCUGAUGAUCACCAAACUCGGUAAUUUUAGCUUUUGGGUUCGACAAAAACCCGCAUGUUGUCUUAUGAAACCCAUCAAAGUUUUCGUGCCAUUCUGAUUUAAAACCAGAAACGUGAGCAAUGCCGCCGAAUUUUUUAGAUUUUAAAGAGAAAAAAGUAAAAAAUUUCAGCAGGUUUACGUAAACUUCAUUACCGUAGAUCUUUGGGUCAAACAUAGGAAAACUGUUCUUUAUACCAGUAAUACUUAACUUGAAAAUAAAUUUGCAAAAGGUAAAUCAAUGCGGCAUGAAAUAUAAUGUGACGGAGUUUUAUACGCGGUUGAUCGAACUCAAGUUCCCGUGAAAAAUUCCGUGAAACAGUGAAAGCGCCACGGCCCCAAACCUAUUGUUUUAAUAAAAAAUAAGUCAUAUUUAAUCUUCUUUUCUAUAUUAUCACUGAAUCUUUUAGGAUAAUUGAGCUUUUCUUGGAUACGGUCAAAGCGUAAACCAGCUCCUCUUUCCGUGUUUUUAUUUUAUUUUUUUGGCCGCUAAAUUUAGCCUGCAUGCGAAUUUAGUUUUUGAUAUGUAAAAUGCCAAGACAGCGUGGAACUGCCCUGUUUCUAAAACAACAAUAAAAACGAUCAGAACGAUCAUAUCUUUUCUUUUUAUAUUUCGUUAUCUUAUGUAAAGGGAAGAAAACAAGCGUAAGUUAUGUUUUAGCCAAGCAGAACCGUAAAAACAUUGCAUUUGCAUACUGGUCAAUACAGCAACUUCUGUUUUAUACAAAAAUAAAUUACUCCCCGUCACCAGUGCACUUUAUGUCUGUCAGAAAAGUACUGACAGUUUCUCCUAAAAACUGUACCUAAUGAACCAUUCUAUCUGAAAGGAAAAAAUUUAAAACUAUUUUAAGAAGCGGUACAAAUGGAAAUCCGUGCCGCUUGUCACGUUCAAAGUGAUGGAUUAUGUUACAUGUGAAAUCAUGCAGAACGACCUUUGAACAUCGACGCGUGCCGGUUUCCUUCGUACAACAUUCGUAAAAACAUUUUCUGUAGGGUUUAGCUAAACUCUGACUCAACAAGCCAACACUAGUAUGUUAAAUUUUUCUGCCCGCUUAACUGAACACUGCACCAGAAGCAAGAGUGCCCGGCCGGGCGACCGGGAAUUUUUUUUCAGUCGCCCGAAGCUAAAUGUUAGUCGCCUCAGGCGACCGGGCGCCGUUAGAGCACAGCCUUGCUGCAUUUGUUUUAGAAAUCCUCCAUAUUCUUCGCGUUGAAACUGAAUGAAAUGAUACCAUGUUUUUGAGCGAACUUUUUGCUUGAAUAAUGUUUUUGCGAUGUUGCGAAGUUGUUGCCAUUUUCAGCCUCAACAUUCUUACAAAUAAAGAGUGUAAUGUUUUCGGCUAUUGUUACCUUUCUUGUAUGAAGUAGCACAUCUUUGUGGCCAUUAGAACUGUCCGUAAUAGAGGAGUGUCUAUAUUACAGAGCUAGAAAUUACAGUCAGCUCUCUUUAUAGUGGACACUGCAGCGACCUCGAGAUAGUGUCCUCAUUAGCGAGAGUCCGUCAUUAGUGGGAAUUUAUUUCAGUCAAAUGUCUGUAAUUUAAUUUUUGCGUGGGAUUUAGCUGCUAUCGGUAUCGUCGUGGUCUCCGCAAGGCGAGAGUUGACUGUAGAUGGAGUAUGGCAGGACCAGAAGAACUGUCCGUUUGGAGAGUUGCCUGCGUGGCAGGCGUUAAAAGGGGAAGGGGGAGGGGGAAUUUGGUUGCGCGAGGGAGAAAGGAAAGGAAGGUUCCAAUAGGAGAGGUGUUCGUAAUACAGAAGCAGCGUGACCGAGUGGUUAGAGAACUGGACUUGUGAUCCGUUGUCCCCGAGUUCAGUUCCCGCCCUCACCGCUAACUGGAUUUGUUCUCAGUAGUCCCGAGUUCAAAUCCUCGGCCACCCUUGUAAAUAGAGAUCUGCCUCCUACCAGUUGGUACUCUUAGCCAUAUUAUGUUUCAUUUGAAUUAUUGGUUCAUUCAUUAUCCCUGAAAAGCCCCAUGAGGGGAAAUGAUAAUUAAGUAUUCAUUCAUUCACGAAUUGUGUGAAGUUUGGUACCCGCUGGGACCAAGAGAAUUGUCUAGAAUAGAGACAAAUGCCCGUAUUAUAGUAGGCAGGAAUUGUGUGAAGUUUGCCGUCUUUCUGACCGUGAAUUGAACUACUGUCUGUAAUAGAGAGUUGUACAUAUUAUAGAGGUAGGAAUAUUGUAUGAUGGUCGACAUUUUUUGGGACAAUAGAACUGUCCUUUAUAUCAUGGUGGCAGCAAUUACGUGACGUUUGUUGUACCUUCAGAACCAGCAGAUCUGUCAUUUAAUGACAAGUUAUUAGUAAGAGGAAGUCGACUGUGCAGACAUUGAAAUCGUUAAAGAACAUUAUGGUUGGCUUGCCUGUGUUUUGUGUAGAAGUGAUCUUCAUUUUUGUUAACAAGUUUCCUCUGUCUUUAACCAUAAAAAUAUCUCUAAAAAAGUCGUUGUUACCCAUAACGUUAACAUAUUUGGCGGAGUUCUCUUUAUCACGCAUUGUCCAAAAAAAUAUUACCGUUAUAUCAGCUGUAGGCACUGUCCGAAGAAGCUUGAAAAGUCACCAGCAAGUUCAAAUAUAAUAUUUAAUUUUUUCCUUGUAGCCUCUAAGUGUAAGUGAUUUUAAGGUUUCCUUCGUACUAAGUAGAGUUUACACUGACCUGGGUAAGCCUGAUGGUGCUUAGCCGCAGUACCAUGGCAACUGUAUGAAAUGUGUCACAAUCAAAAUCAACAACUGAAGAAGUAGCAUGAUUGGCAACCGAGUCGAUAGUUUCGCCGCUGAGUUGCAAAAAUCGUUGUGACAACAUUCAACUUUGCAGUACUUUCCAUUUUCUUUGCAUUCCUUAUCGGUACACAAUUGUGCUAGUCCACACAUCUUUGCAAAUUUUUCAUUAUAAUCCCCCGGCUCUUCACCGUGCUCCACUAGAUGAAGUUUGAUGCAGACGUCAUUGUGAUCUGGUGGGCACACGCGUUUUUCUUCUCCCUCCUCGCAUUCAUCCCAGGAUUUUUUUGAGAAGCAGCUGUAGCAUUUUAAUCCAUCUCCGAUGCUUGGUGCUGAGAAAGGAAAAGGGAUGUAUAUAUGAACUUGUCAACUCCCCGUUCGUGAAGAGUCGGUGAGAAAGAAAAAAAAGUGGGGCCCGAGGAGGCCAUUAUUUUCAUUGCAUUUUGUGCUCUAGGGCGAAGCGUGGGGGGCCUGAAAGCUAAAACCUAGGGAUAUCAUUUGCACGAUAACUUCAUUCACUAUUACUUCUGUAUUGCUUAAUUGUGCAAAUUUGGGCUUUUGUUUUCGAAACGUCGAUGAGAUUACCAACAUUAAAUAUGAAUGGACAACGAAUGGAUUCUGAUAAUAGUAGUAGCAGUAGAUAGAUAGAUAGAUAGAUAGGUACGUUAUUAAAUAUAUUGCAGCAUAAGCUGAAUUGCGUAUUUACAUAAUGGUAAUAAUUUAUACUAAUAAUUGUAAAAAUGAGUAAUAAUUGUAAUAGCUAAGACUAAAAACGUAUAAUAAGAAACCUAAAAAUUAUUUACAAUUCUGCCUGAGGCCAUAAAAAAACUGUUCUUAAAUCUAUUUGUCUUGCAACGCGGCAAAGUGAAAGUGCGCGCGUGCCUUAGAUUAUAGUUGCUCUUAUAAAGAGGCGGCAACAACUUUCUUAACUUGUGGUUCGGGUCGCUCGUUAUGCUUUCAAACGUGCGCGUGCAAAUGUUGUGGUGAUGCUCCGCAACCGUUGGUAAACUCAUAAGCGCUAAAGCUUGCUGAUAUCAAUGAUGAUGCUGUCGUGCACUUGUCGUGUAGUUGUUGUCAGAUGACAGUAUCGUGAAAAUAGCCUAUUGUAAGAGCCUUAAUUUGACUGACGGCCAAGUUAAACAGUUAACUAAGGAAAACGUGAAGUUAAUCCGGGUCCAGGCUAAAACGUAGGUUUUCAUUGUCUCUCAAGAACAAAACUAAGCCUCCAUUGGCUAUCGAGGGCAGCCCUUGUCGGCGGUGUUGAGCCUGUUAGUUCUAGAGGCACCAUGCUUCCAAUCAGCAAGCGCGUUGCCGUAAAGGGUCACAGACAGCUGUGGGACUGCGCUGACCUGGACACUAGUUUUACAAGUUUGAAAAGCGUUUACCUCAACUCGAAAUCAAAUUCACGUCGAAUACAUCUAGAAAUCCUCUUCAAUCUUGCCUAGUGUCUCAUUUGAUCUUCGAUAUUUUACUGGAAACCUUUUCCUGAGUAUUCUUUUACUUAUCCUUCAAUACGUGGUUAAAAAGAGCAUGAAUCGCGUGUCUUGUGAUGUGCAAAUACAGUAACCUUAAAAAUGGUGUCUAAUGUGCAUGUGCAUCAGCUGAGUGCGUCCCUUUAAAACAUCUUGCAUGGUCAGUUUGAGAUUUUUCUGUGUAACAGGCCAUUUGCACGAUGGUGUCGUUUUACUGCCACGACCAGAAUCCUUUUUGUUUUUCCUUUUGUAUUUAAAUUUGUUAAUCCCAGCGAGGUUCAAAUAACAAAAGCCCUAAUUUGCACAAGAAAGAAAACCCUGAAGGGUUCUAGUCGAAGUUAUAGUAAAAUGCAUCAUAGUGCAAGUGGCCUAUUGGCAACAACGUAGAUUUCCAUGUUUACCAGUACAUACAUACCUACACACAUAUCUGUAAUAGAAGUUCCCAAGAGGCUUUUCAACGGCUAUUUAACAAUUAUUCCUCGAGUCCGAAUGGGCUCUGAGUUACGCAGAGGCCAUGAGGGCGAGAGGAAUAAAUGUUUUAGUAAAAUCCAACUAGUUGGACAAAAAUAACGAGAAUAAAAAAGUUCUAGCUAGUUAAAGCUAGACUUUAAUCCUUUUUUGCCGCCAAAAAGCCCGCGCUUUUCACUACUAGUGGGCUAUAAUAUAUAGCCUAGUAGUAGCCCAACCAGUCAGAACGCAGCAUUGUUAAUAGACCACUAGUUGGAUUUUACUAAUUAAAAAUAUGAUAGGAUCAAAAAUUAAUGCUAAUACUAACGAACUAUGAUGCGAUUGACUAACCAAAUGAUAAAUAUGACAAUGAAAGCAACAUAAUGACAGCGUAGCGGGUGCUAUAUGCCUCAGGUCGCUAGGCAAGCCUCAAUAGUUUGACGUCUUUCUUGAAUUUACUGAGAUUGCCUUCCCCUUUAAGAUCAGGGUCUAGUGAAUUCCAUAUCUUAUCUGCUCUAUACGUGAAAGGACACUAGCCACUGGUUCUUCUAUAUUUGGGGAUGUUUAGGUUAUUGCAAGACCUGGUGUUUCGAGUGUGGAUAUCUGAUCGCUUAAGUAAAUUACAGGCAAGGUAAUCAGGUGCAAGCCCAUUAAUGCACUUAAAUGUCAUCAUAGAGUCCCUAGAGAAUAAUAUUAAAAAAGUGCCAUUGCAGUUGUCUUAAGCCUGUUGAAAUGUGAUCGUACUUCCUGAUACCUGAGAUGAUUGUAGCCGCAAAAUUCUGUAUAAGUUGCAAUUUCUGAAUGUUCCUUUUUAUCCGAGGUGUUUGCUCAGACGGAUAAACAGUAAAAGAGUUUGCUCAAUACCAAAGCAUUUGUAAUCAACAUUUAUACAGUUACCGAGACCCCUGUGAUCCGUUUUUGUCCCUUAAAAGGUUUUUUCUUUAACCCUUUUAAAGGCAUCAACUGAAAACGAAAAAACCAAAGGAACGGCUUAUAUUUGAUGAGUACUUGCUUUUUCCUUACUUUUAAAAUACUCAUAAUUAGAAAUAUCUUAAGGGUAUUAUUAUGUCUGCCUCUUCAUCAUUCAGUGGGUGUAAAAACGAUCUAGAUGUCAUUGUUUGUAUUAUUAAGCAGCUGGAAUUUGCAGUUAGACGUUCUGAGCCUCUUAGUGGGGGAGAUGUAUGUGAAUUUUUUAGGCAGACGGCUGCAGAGCACAGACAAACAGUUAUAAUAAGGAUAUUGCAAUGAGUAUUUUUUAAAAUUAUUUUCUUCUUAGACUUGAAAAAGGUCGCCCUUAUUGCUUUCGAGAAACGGCUCAGUAAAAAUGGACAAAAGUCCCCCUCUGAGAAUUUAAGGCAGGGAUUUUUUUUGGUAAAUAUAGAAAGCGAAAGGUUUUAAAACUCCCACGUACAACUGACGUCUAUGUUCCGGCCAUAUCUGUGUCACAUGAAAGUGUUCUACUUCCUAGUUGUAGGUGUUAUACUUCCGAAACUCGCGGUGUCUUUCUGUUUUAGCAAUUUUAGAAUUGGUAAAUCGACUCUUCAAGAUCCAAUAUGCAGUUUCGACUGUCAGAAAUAAAUCAGAGCGUGCGCGUUUCCGUAUCCAAGGCUUUCGUUUUGCUUAAACUUAUAAUAAUAACAAUAAGAGCGGGCUUAAAGAGAAGCCAUAACCAGGAAAAUCCUACGCUUAAAUGACAUAUUGUAGUUAACGUUAACAUUUCAAAGUAAUUGCGCGCGUGCAUGCUGUUGCUAAUGAGUCAAUGACCUAGCAAUUUUCAGUCGAGUACUUAUGUCGCCGAUUUGCAUCAGUGCAGACGCAAUUUGCAUUCACAGUUUGACAAUAAAACCUGAGGUGGCCUACAUCUACGUUUUUGCUGUCACAGUUGCUACGUGUUUGAAAACCGACCGAAAUGUUGGGUUAUAUAGCAAGAGAACUGACAAGCGUAUUCAUUUGCCAGCCGACAACGUGUAGAACAAUCUGGAAGGUGCCUGGCACACUUUACCAUCAUCAUUAAUCCCGGUUAGGAAUAGAUCCGAAGGGAAUAAAAAUUCCGCAUUACUAUAAGAUUUUACCUCGAAUAAAAAUGAUAUUGGAAAUACCAGUUCCCUCCACACUGUGUAAGAUGUCUGAGCACUUUCCCAUUGUUGCAAUACAAAGGCACUUAAACAUUUUAAUGUUUUCCAACUUUGUUAACAGUGUACUUACCGGUGAAAUCGAGAAGCCAUAUUGCAAACAUCGAAUAUCGCAACGCAUCGGACUUCAUCUUCUCGUCUUUAUAUCUUCUUGAUUUUUCGUCCAACCUUUACACUUCCUUGCAGCUCGGAACUACACUGCCGAUUCUUUAAAUAGUCCCGUUUCAGGUCAUACUAAGUUUCGAGCUAUCAACUGCAAAGAAGUAUUUCAAAACAAGCUUGUUAAAGAGCCAAUUUUCCGGGAAUGGCAUUUAAAGUUGACACCAUCAAGCUCGCUUGGCAAAUUUAAUUGUGACUUAAGGGAUUUGCGUGACAUCAACUUCCGUGUAUAUUUAAUCCGAUUCCAUACGUUAGCCAUUAUUAACAUGAUGCGGAAAGAUUUCAAGUUCAUGAUCUUUUAAUUACCCCGUGUAAGAGCAAAUGCUUUAACUUUGCCGCUUUGACACGUCUAGAAACUGUAUUCACUUGCCAGUUUUUACUCUACCGAACAACAGUACGGUAACUUCAAAUGUCGUGACACUUUUGUCAUUAAUAUCAUGCAUAGAUUAGUACUAUUUUAUGCAUCGCAUUAUUUUGGCCUUAAUUGUAAACUCAUGACACGUCCUAAAGCAAAAGGCUUUUUCUUCUUUCUUAGUCGAUAGAUGGUUUCCUUCUCAAAGACUCAGAGGGUUGUUUGAUUAUUAUUAUUAUUAUUAGAUAUUUACUGAAGACUGCGUGAAGGUAGAUGAUCCAGACAGAACUACAACUAAGAUUUCGUAACAUAUUCAUACACUUAUUGAUACAGAAUUUGGCAACCAAGGCAGUUCUUGGCCUUUAUCCAUCAUUGUAAUCUAUGAUUCUUUAUUUUGUUUCCUUCGCUUCCUAUCCAAAACAGAUCCGUUUCUAGUUCCAAGGGAAAAUAAGUCACAAUUAAAUUAAUGGACCAACUCGGAGAAUCCAUUUGGUGCCGUCAAGAGCGCCAUGGCGUAUGCAUAUAAAUAUGUUAUUUUAUUUUCCUUUCGGUUGGUUCAAUAUCUCGAAGUUGAUCUUAAGUGUCACCGUAUUACCGUGAUAUCUCUGUGAAUAAACACUCUUUCCUUCUCUUGUAAGUCUCCCCCCUCAAAAAAAAAAAAAAGUCUAAACACAUAAAAAAUGCCACGAUUUCAUUUGUGCUCACUUGGCAGUCACUACGGCUGCCAGGAACUGCUUGAAUGAUUAUCUGAAGAUUGCACAUUGAAGGUUCGGUGUAAGAUGAUGGGCGAAAGUCACAAUGUAUGGCCCUACGACGUGAUUUUAAUAUUCUUUAGCAGGAUCCUGCCUUUAGUGAAUUUUUCAGUAACAUCCAGCCAGUUUUGACCUUUUGAAAGCCCCUCAAGUCUCUCUCUUAAGUCUCUUAUUCGAACCAUUGAACUCUCGUUUCUCUAAUCACGCUCAAAUUUCACAGUCUGAAUGAGGCUUGGAUGCCUUGUCCAAUCUGGAAGAUCGCGCGUUAACGUUAACGUCGAACCUCGCUCAACCUCAACGUUUACGCACAACCUUUCAUUCAUAAUAAUUAUGUCUUUAUUUUAGCUUAUCGCUGAGUGGCUUUUCAUCUGCUUAAAAUGUCAUUUAUAAAACCAUUAUAUACACGGAGGAAAAGUGAAUAAGCACCCAGCUUCGAUGUAUUUUGAUGUAUUUUGAUGUAUUAAUCUCGCUAUCGCUCGAUGAAUACAUCAAGGCCUUGGUCUGAGAUUUCCCUGUAAUGACCACACUCUCGGUUAAUAAGGGGUAUAUAAUAUAGAACAAUUAUUCACUGAAGUUAAAAUGGCUAGUGGUGAAAAUUUACCGCGCACCGAAGCCAUCGACACUGAGUUGAAUAAUUGUUAUUAAGCCAAGUCCAAAAGCGAAGAUGUCGUGGGAUCUUUUCAGAAAAGUCUAUCUGCAGUAAUUCAACAUUUACCAUAAGCAAGAAGCAAACAGAACUCCUUCUAAAAAUAGCCUGCAAUCAGUUAAAAAAUAAUAACUAGUCAGCGGAGAACUUUUAAAGACACAUAGCCUCAAUAAGUUGUACACCUGAGCCCUCGAUACAGUCAGGUGACCUAGUCAGCGGAUACCCAGUAUCAAGUUUAACUGAUAUAUAUGUUGCAGUUAAUUUUUUUGUUUCAAUUAAUUUUUGUUUUCCCUUUAUUUUUGGGUAUGGUAAUCAAAUAUAUGCUAACAAGAGCCAUAAUGGAUGCUAAUGAAUUUGAAACAAAGGAAAAACAAAAAUAAACUGAAAUAAACAAUUAAAUACAACAUUUACCUUGGACUCCCAAGUUAGUAAGUGUGACAGUUCACAUUCACUACCAUGAAUAGGAUGUACGUACGGACAGACGAUUUUUUCACAACCAAAAUUUGUUGGAUGCCUGGAUAACCAAAUUUUAUUACCCAUAGUGCUUCGCUAUAAGGAAGUAAAAGAGGUAUUUUUUUCUUGUCCUGUUGUGACGCUUUAUUGUCUAAAACUCCUCCUUUUUUCACUAAUUUGAGUAGUAAGACCCUGUUUACAUGGAGUGGGGGACCCCGGUCUAGUGGGGUUGGUUUCUUUUGUUUUCACGCUCUGAGGGGCACAAAACAAAAGAAACUUACCCCACUAGACCGGGGUCCCCCACUCCAUGUAAACAGGGUCUAAGUGGACCUAUAAAAUGAAUUACCCGCCAGGAUGAAUAUGUUACAGUGCCAUAUUUUACAUAUGCGUAUCAUUAUCUGAUGGAUCUAAUACAGUGAAACCUCUAUUAAGCGGACCCCCAAUUAAGCGGACACCAAGCCGUGUCCCAAAAUUAACGUCUUAUAUUUCCCUUUAUAACGAACCCCCUAUUCAGCUGACACCUCUAUUAAGCGGACGCGGACACUAAAAUAAAUUGUAUUUGGCUAGUUGCUAUUGUUUAAAAUUGACAAUAGUGGUAUUGGAUUAUGUCGUUGAUAUACGUACUGUAAGAUAAAUCAAUACAUCUAGCUGUCAAAAAAACUGUGAAUUAGACCGAUAUCCGAUAUCAUCCUCUAUCAAAGUUCACCUUAAAGUCUUGCAAAAAGUACAGCACAGCUUCCUUAGGUUCCUUAACAACAUGGGACUUUAUCGCAUUACAGAGAAACCGUUGAAUGUUAAUCGUUAACAAACAUUGCGCAAUUUUUAAAACCUCUCUUAAGCGGACACUUGAGUAGGUCCCGAAGGUGUCCUCUUAAUAACAACAACAACAACAACAACAGUUCAUUUCUACUACUGUAGACAACUAAAAGAAUUUACAAGUACAUAAUUAUAAAUAAAUAUACAAAGAGUAAAUACAGUAGUGCGACACCCAAAAUAACUUAAAAGCUAAACUAGUUGCGUGACCGUAAUUAUGAUAAUUAGAACUGUGAAAGUCAGAAAAGAGGCACAACUAAUGUUGGUACACAUAAAUAUCAUAACAUAGAGGUUUCACUGUAAAAUAAAUACUCUGAAUGUGGAGAGAGCAUAACAAUUUCAGUUAUCCCUGAAAAUUUACUUUGAAAAACUCGAACUUUUACAAAGAUUGUAGGGCUCAUUAACUUUUUUGCUACCCAGUAAUUUCGCAGUUGUUGAUGGACUGAUAUUUCCUUCAAUAUUGCUUGCUAAGAGCUAAAAAUUGCAUAAAUUGCAUAACAAAGGUUAAAGUGUAAACAAUGACGCCAGCAAAGAUUCGCCUGUUGCGAAUUGAACUUGACAGUCCUAGAGUUGCGUAGCAGGUCGUCCAGUUGCUUGAUGAUUUUAUAAGCGUUACCCAAGGCGAGAGGUUUAAACAUCCUUACCGAGAUCGAGAAACUGUCUGGCAUCAAGUGAACCCGGAUUUCCGGAUUUCAAGUUUAGCCCUUCAAGCACCCAACCACGACUACUGCGCGUUUCUUUUAGCAAAUUACACAAUCGUGAAAUAACUUUCAAAAGAUAGCGUAUUCAAAACAAGCAAAACUUGUAAAUGAUAUUUACUAACAGGACAAAAAAUACAAGAGUUGUUCGGCUGAUUGCUAUCGUGGACGCCUCAUUACACAGGUCUUGAUGACAACAGUCUACUGUGCAUCUUUUUCCCACUUUCUUGCAGUGAUCGUCUGUACAAGCUUCUGGUUCGGCACAAAGCCUAGUAAAUUUUUGCGUUUGUCCAUGCCCUAUUACAUGUUCUUUAGCACACACAUAGGCUUCCCCACAGUUAUGUAUUUUCACUUCUUUAUCACAGGCAUCCCAGGAAAUUUCUGUGUGACAAGUGUAACAUUUCAGGCCCUCGCUAAAUCUGGGACCUGUUGAAAGAAAAGGAAUAGGGAGUUAAGAUGUCACGAUGGCAAUGGCAAAAAAGCAAAAGGUUUAGGCCCUGUCUGCACUAAUGCGUUUUCAAAAGUAUGUGUUUUCGUUAUCAUCGAAAACGCAUCGAUCGAUUCGCAUCCACACAUCCACACUACUCUUUUGAUGCGUUUUCGACUGUCCACACUAAGGCCCUGCCGACACUAAUGCGUUUUCAAAAGUAUGCGUUUUCGCUGUCAUCAAAAACGCAUCGAUCGAUUCGCAUUCACACUACCUUUGUGAUGCGUUUUUGACAGUCUAGGCUAAGGCCCUGUCUACACUUAUUUGUUUUCAAAAGUUUGCGUUUUCGUUGUCAUCGAAAACGCGUCGAUCGACUCGCAUCCACACUACCGUUUUAAUGCGUUUUCGACUCUCCACUCUAAGGCCCUGUCCACACUAAUACGAAAACGCAUCGACCGAUUCGCAUCCACACUAAUGCCUGGUUUCCAUUAACGCAUAAGCAUAAGCACAAAGCGGAAGCACAUGUGUAAAGAAGUGAAAACUGGGUCGACAUAAGCGUAAGCACAAUAAAAACGGACAAGUUCGUUCUUCUUGUGCUUGUGCUUAUGUUUAUGUCGUAGCUUUGACCAGUGAAAACGGGGUCGACAUAAGCACAAGCAUAAGCACAAGGCCGUGGACCAAUCAUAGGUCACUUUGACCCAGACCUCAUGCGAACAUAUCAAAAGCAAUAUGGCAGAGCAAGUCCGCCAUCUUGUUUAUCAUUGAGUUAAGGAGACCUGGUAUCGAGAAUUGAGUCAAAUAUGCCAUUCUGCGCGUGCGUAUGUCCUUGUGCUUAUGCUUAUGCGCUAGUGAAAACCAGGCCAACGCUUUUUCGUUUGAAAACGCAUACAUUCGAUGCUUUUAGGCCUUCCGUCCACAUUAAUACAAUGCGAUUUGAAAACGCUCUUGAAGUGGGUCAAAACGAAAACACGUACAUAUCGUGUUGGUGUGGACGGUCGAAAACGCAUCAAAAUGAAAACAAUGACCGAAAAUAUCGCAGGCCCGUGUGUUGGUAGCAUGGGCGUGGACUUAAAAUUAAGUCACAACGUGCAAUUUUAUCGUUUUUAAACGUUUUGACAGUCGAAAACUCAUCAAAACGUUAGUGUGGACGCGAAUCGAUCGAUGCGUUUUCGAUGACAACAAAAACGCAUUAGUGUGGUUCGAAAAAGAUAGAAUUGCCCGUUGUAAAGGCACCUGUUCGCCCGCACUUCCUGACCUUUGCAUACUGCUAAUGUCUACCCACAUUUUUCGAAAAUUUGGGGUGUUUCUUUGUGUUGCGGAAACUAUUGUUGACUCGUGGUUGGUUAGUUAUUAUAUGGUGAUGUCCUUAUUGUUCAGUGUCUUUUCAAUGUAUGUAUUACGUCAUGUGGUGAUCGCGGUGUGGCAGUGUAGUGGUUAGGAAGCGAGAUUGUAUAGGUAUACGUGAGGUCUAGUUCAAUUCUGGGACUAGAAUUCGUCCUUUUUAUUAACAACACUUUCAAUGACAGAUCAAAAAAAUAAUUAAGUGUCUGACGAAAAGUGGUAACGAUCGUUUACCAAAAGAAAAACCCGGGUCGGCUUAAACUCUUGCGGCGUCAAGUCAGUCACAUGGCAUAAAAGGCUGUACCUUCAAAAACUACUCAUUCAGGAAGAAUUUGUUUGCAUUUGUAAACAUUGUUUGAGUUAAUCGGGGCAGAUCAUGGUGCUGAAAUCAAAACAGUUCUUGAGAGUCUUUUAAAGUGAGGCUUCCAAAGGGUGUAGUCGCGUCGCCAUGUCGCACUUUUUUUAAUUCCUUUAUUUCACCCAACCAACGGUUGCUAAAUUAAGUCGCCGUCCCUUCAAAAUUUCUCUACGUGCUUAAAGUAGAGGAUGGUGACGCUGAUGGCCUUAACGUUCUUAGGUCAUAGUCUCUUGAUAAAGGUAAUUCAAUACAACAUGAGAUUAUAAGAGGUAAUUUGGGCACGUGGCGGCAGCCCUCACAUUCUAUAGUUAAAAGCAUGAGUUGACUACCACAAGUUUCCACUGAAGCAGAAACACUCAUUAAUCACGAAAUGUUUGUGUGUCAUGGCUAUAUAUAAUAGCUUUGGAUACUUUCAUAAAUGCUUCCAAACAUGGCCGCAGUAUUAGAUUGUUGUUUUGUUUUGAUAGAAAUGCAGCGAAAAUAGCCGUAGUAAAGAUAGCCAGACAAAAAGAUCCUAUAGUUUUUAAAAGUGAAACGUGUCGUUUUAAUUUGUCGCUUUGCUAGAAAAGCGCUUGAAAGCCCGCUGCUUUCUCGCUUACCCCAGCCAUAACAUCUAGACCGCUGCCUGUGGUUUUUGAGGGGUGGUGGACGUUAUUCUUGUCAAUGUGGCUGUGGUAGGUGAUUUGAGACGAGUCGCCUGCGGCUCUGAGGGCGAAAAGCGUCAUCAGUUUUCUAAAAUAUUAAAUCUCCACCAGCGAAUUGAUACGUGAGCUAUAGCUGACAUUUUUGUAAUGGUUUGAAAUGAAACACUUGAGUGGUCGACUUGUGAUUUCAGCUGCCCGAGAUUUCCAUUGUCUUCAUCUUGUUUUCUUGAACGCAAAAUAUAUAAUUUCCAGACUAUUUACUACUGUCUGUCUCUUGCAUAUUAUUUUCCUCUGAGCCUUUAAACUGACCUUGAGAGACAUGUAAUAUUUAUAUCGCCCACUAAUUUAAUAUGUAAAAUACAAAGUACAUUAUCACCCGCUUCCAACGUAAAGUUUGUUUGAAAAUGGUAUCAGGACUUUGGAUUCAGCUUUGAUACAAAUUUUAGUAAGAGAACCUUUACAACGUGAGUGACUUUGAAAAAUGCCGGAAUUUUUCGGAGAUAAGGAAUAUAUCUCGUGAAGUAUCGUGACUAAUGAAUAUGCAUGUCAGCGAACCAGAACCAGUUAAACAGUGAUUCGGACUUAGUUGUAGAAGUUUGGUUUAUACGUCAACUCGCUUUAAGGAUAAAAUUUUGCGAGUUAAAGUCCACCGUCUCCGUGCGUUUCUGCAUUUUGUCCCACCUCUCACUUGUAAUUAUUUAAACAUGUCUGUAAACAUGACCUGCGCAAAAACCACUUACCAUUGGACAACAUAAGCCAUGUUACAGUUAAUGUUAUCGGGAAAUACUGAAGCAAUUUCCAUUCCAUCUCCUGCAGAUUGAAAUCGUAAAGCUAAAUCACUAACGGCAACGUUUCAAAUCCCGAAGUAUCGUAUCCAAGUGUAGUAUCUAAAAUCGGCUUGUGGGUUUCAGUGACGGUGUUUUCCGAUUGGGCGACGUUUAAAAAUGUUAAAUGUUCGACAUCGACAGCUCGUAUCAUUUAAUGUUGCGUGACCUCACCACUAAGUGAUUGACGUUAAGUGGUUGCUAUGGCAGGGACAAUUAAUAGGAUAAAAUUAUAGUAAUGACUAAUUGCAGCGUCUCUACAGAGAAGAUCUAUCUCCUCAAAUAAUUAGCGAUAUAUACAGAUAAACAUUGAAACAAUAGCUAUGAUAUAAACAAAAGCAAUGACAGAACUAACCACGUUGCCCUAACUCUAGAAAGGAAACAAUAAAAAAUGCGCUUAACAGUGCUGAACUAUGCUUAAAAUGCAAUUCACUGCGACUUCUAGAAAGAUCUCAAAAAAAGUUACUAUUAAUUAUUUUUAAUUGCGUAAGCAUAAAGGAGGGAUAUAAUGAAUAAGGAAUGUAUGAAUGUAUGAGUGAUAACUAUACAUUUUAUCUUAAAGCUGGUUGUAGGCCAACUAAUUUCGGUAUUGUGCGGCAGGUGUGAACCAUAAAUUUUAAACCUUGAAGGCACGAACAUAAGCUUUUAAUUAUUUCUCGCCAGGUCUCCGGCAAUUACUUUAUUAUCUGUCGUAUAAGUUUUUACUCUUUGGUGCAGUAUACCUAGUUUGCUUUAAAAUUUGACUUGCAAAUCGUGCUUAGACCAACUACAUGUUGACCAAGACCAGUUUUUGAUAGUGUACUGAAUUGAACGCAAUGGAAACAGGUGGUCUUCUGUUUAGUUUUUUUCUUGUCUAGACCCCAUCAAGUGUAUACCAGUGCAAUUGUAUGAAGCACAUGUUAUGAAUUGCAGAUAACAUUUCGUCACGUUUGUUGUUGAAGCCACUAGGUUUAAGGGUAAACGUUUAAUCUUUCAGGUUUCAAGUGAAAUUAUUUGCUUGUCAGUGUGAGGGUGAUAAGGAUAUGUCAAAAGAAUAAGUUGAGGGAUGUGGUGCUUUAUCUUUAGAUUUAAUAUUAGGCUUGUCAGUUGGGUGUCAGUAUUCAUUAAAUCUGUCUUUUGAGUAGGCGUUGUGAAGGAGACAAAAAAGACUAAAUAACCGUUAUUGUGGCUGGUGUUAUUAUUAUUUUUUUCUUUCAUGCGGUUAAGUGUAAAACUGUUGUUUAUUCAAUUUAAAGCUCCCUUGGCGGGCUGUACGUGAAUGGGCGACAAUAUUACAUUAUUGUUUAAUUUUAUAUGUUUUGCCUUCCCGUGCCAAGAAGUGAACUACUCUGAGUGAUUCAUUUAUUUUUAUAUGUAUAUAUAUAUUUUUUGUAAAUAAAAGCGUCCGACCACACAUUCAUCCAUCUAUCCAUUUGCGUGUAAAUUAAUGUUUUUAACAGCAAUAUCCCUCAGAGUGGGGGAAUAUACUAUUGUCUCAGAAUUAUUUCAUAUUCCAAUAAAAUUUUUAUUACAAAGGAUAAUUUUUAAUUGCAUUUGCAGACAACAAUUACAGUGUCACGGUAACGCGAAUUUGAAAAAGAAUACUGCAAUUUUACAAACAGUUGCGCGCUCGUCACAUGCAUUAUAAAGGAACAGUGUAUUUUAGUUAAGUAUUUAUCUUUUUAAAACGUGAAGAAGUUUAAACAUCCUUACCCAGAUCGAGAAACUGUCUGGCAUCAAGUGAACCCGGAUUUCCGGAUUUCAAGUUUAGCCCUUCAAGCACCCAAUCACAACUACUGCACGUUUCUUCUAGUGAAUUACACAAUUGUGAAAUAACUUUCAAAAGAUAGCGUAUUCAAAACAAGCAAAACUUGUAAAUAAUAUUUACUAACAAGAUAAAAAAGACAAGCGUUGUUCCGCUGGUUGCUAUCGUGGACUUAUUGUACGGCUGGUUGAUAUCAUUACAUAGGUCUUGAUGACAACAGUCUAUUGUACAUCUUUUUCCCUCUUUCUUGCAGUGAUCGUCUGUACAGGCUUCUGCUUGUGCACAAUACUUAGUAAAUUUUUGCUGUGAUCCAUGCCCUAUUUCAUGUUCUUUAGCACACACAUAGGGCUCCGCACAGUUAUAUAUUUUCUGGUGUUUAUCACAGACAUCCAGGAAAUGUUUGUGUGACAUGUGUAACAUUCCAGGCCCUCGCUAAAUCUGGGACCUGUUGAAAGGAAAGGAAUAGGGAGUUAAGAUGUCACGAUGGCAACUGCAAAAAAGCUAAAGGUUUAGGCCCUGUCUGCACUAAUGCGUUUUCAAAAGUAUGUGUUUUCGUUAUCAUCGAAAACGCAUCGAUCGAUUCGCAUCCACACAUCCACACUACUCUUUUGAUGCGUUUUCGACUGUCCACACUAUGGCCCUGUCCACACUAAUGCGUUUUCAAAAGUAUGCGUUUUCGUUGUCAUCAAAAACGCAUCGAUCAAUUUGCGUUCACACUACCUUUGUGAUGCGUUUUUGACAGUCCAGGCUAAGGCCCUGUCUACACUUAUUUGUUUUCAAAAGUUUGCGUUUUCGUUGUCAUCGAAAACGCGUCGAUCGACUCGUAUUCACACUACCGUUUUAAUGCGUUUUCGACUCUCCACUCUAAGGCCCUGUCCACACUAAUGCGUUUUCAAAAGUAUUCGUUUUCGUUGUUACGAAAACGCAUCGACCGAUUCGCAUCCACACUAAUGCCUGGUUUCCAUAAGCGCAUAAGCAUAAGCACAAAGCGGAAGCACAUGUGUAAACAAGUGAAAACUGGGUCGACAUAAGCGUAAGCACAAGAAAAACGGACAAGUUCGUUCUUCUUGUCCUUGUGCUUAUGUUUAUGUGGUAGCUUUGACCAGUGAAAACGGGGUCGACACAAGCACAGGCAUAAGCACAAGGCCGUGGACCAAUCAUAGGUCACUUUGACCCAGACCUCAUGCGAACAUAUCAAAAGCAAUAUGGCGGACCAAGUCCGCCAUCUUGUUUAUCAUUGGGUUGAGGAGAUCUGGUAUCAAGAAUUGAGUCAAAUAUGCCAUUCUGCGCGUGCGUAUGUCCUUGGCUUAUGGUUAUGCGCUGGUGAAAACCAGGCCAACGCUUUUUUGUUUGAAAACGCAUACAUUCGAUGUUUUUAGGCCUUCCGUCCACACUACUACGAUGAGCGUUUUCAUCGAAAACGCUUCGAUUUGAAAACGCUCUUGAAGUGGGUCAAAACGAAAACACGUACAUAUCGUGUUGGUGUGGACGGUCGAAAACGCAUCCAAAUGAAAACAAUGACCGAAAAUAUCGCAGGCGCGUGUGUUGGUAGCAUGGGCAUGGAGUUAAAAUUAAGUCACAACGUGCAAUUUUAUCGUUUUUGAACGUUUUGGUGUUGAUAGUCGAAAACGCAUCAAAACGUUAGUGUGGACGCGAAUUGAUCAACAAAAACGCAUUAGUGUGGUUCGAAAAAGAUAGAAUUGCGCGUUGUAAACGCACCUGUUCGCCCGCACUUCCUGACCUUUGUUUACUGCUAAUGUCUACCCACAUUUUUCGAAAAUUUGGGGUGUUUCGUUGUGUAGCGGAAACUACUGUUGACUCGUGGUUGGUUAGUUAUUGUGUGGUGAUGUCUUUUCAAUGUAAGAAUUACGUCAUGUGGUGAUCGCGGUGUGGCAUUGUAGUGGUUAGGGAGCGAGAUUGUACAGGUAUACGUGAGGUCCAGUUCAAAAAAAUAAUUAAGUGUCUUACGAAAAGUGGUAACGAUCGUUUACCAAAAGAAAAACCCGGGUCGGCUUAAACUCUUGCGGCGUCAAGUCAGUCACAUGGCAUAAAAGGCUGUACCUUCUAAAACUACUCAUUCAGGAAGAAUUUGUUUGCAUUUGUAAACAUUGUUUGAGUUCAUCGGGGCAGAUCAUGGUGCUGAAAUCAAAACAGUCCUUGGGAGUCUUUUAAAGUGAGGCUUCCAAAGGGUGUAGUCGCGUCGCCACGUUGCACGUUUUUUUAUUCCUUUAUUUCACCCAACCAGCGGUUGCUAAAUUAAGUCGCCGUCCCUUCCAAAUUUCUCCACGUGCUUAAAGUAGAGGAUGGUGACGCUGAUGGUCAUAAUGUUCUUAGUUCAUAGUCUCUAGAUAAAGGUAAUUCAAUACACCAUGAGGUUAUAAUAAGAGGUAAUUUGGGCACGUGGCGGGAGCCCUCACAUUCUUUGGUUAAAGGGAUGAGUCGCCUUGAUAUACUUGACUACCACAAGUUUCCACUGAAGCAGUAACAUUCAUUAAUCACGAAAUGUUUGUGUGUCAUGGCUAUAUAUAAUAGCUUUGGAUACUUUCAUAAAUGCUUCCAAAUAUGGCCGCAGUAUUAGAUUGUUGUUUUGUUUUGGUAGAAAUGCAGCGAAAAUAGCCGUAGUCAAGAUAGCCCGACAAAAAGAUCCUAUAGUUUUUAAAAGUGAAACGUGUCGUUUUAAUUUGUCGCUUUGCUAGAAAAGCGCUUGAAAGCCCGCUGCUUUCUCGCUUACCCCAGCCAUAACAUCUAGACCGCUGCCUGUGGUUUUUGAGGGGUGGUGGACGUUAUUCUUGUCAAUGUGGCUGUGGUAGGUGAUUUGAGACGAGUAGCCUGCGGCUCUGAGGGCGAAAAGCGUCAUCAGUUUUCUAAAAUAAUAAAUCUCCACCAGCGAAUUGAUACGUGAGCUAUAGCUGACAUUUUUGUAAUGGUUUGAAAUGAAACACUUGAGUGGUCGACUUGUGAUUUCAGCUGCCCAAGAUUUCCAUUGUCUUCAUCUUGUUUUCUUGAACGCAAAAUAUAUAAUUUCCAGACUAUUUACUACUGUCUGUCUCUUGCAUAUUAUUUUCCUCUGAGCCUUUAAACUGACCUUGAGAGACAUGUAAUAUUUAUAUCGCCCACUAAUUUAAUAUGCAAAAUACAAAGUACAUUAGAGUAAAGCAAAGUAAAGAUCCGAUGGAUCUUGUUUACUGUGGGUAAUGUCGACCGAGAUGUCGGUCGAUAUAGCGGUCGACACUCGGUCGAUAGUCGGUCGACACUCGGUCGAUAGUCGGUCGACACUCGGUCGACAGCCGGUCGAUACUCGGUCGACACUCGGUCGAUAUAGCGGUCGAUAGUGGGUCGACACUCGGUCGAGACACGGUCGAUAGUCGUUCCAGAUGUGUCUCAGCCGAUAUAGCAUUUGGUUAGUAGUAAAUAGAGUAUAAUAGUGUAGUACAAUAUAUCGUUAACGUCAUGAUGGUAUGUUUAAUACUAACGCACAAUGUUAUCAGAAUUCUCGGCUUGCACUGUCACGCAAUGAAAAAUAAAAAUGCAAACCAUUCAAUACAGAAGGACUAGAAUCUGGGAAAUGAAAAAAGAUAAAAAUACAAAAACCCUUGCCAAGAAUCAGGUCUGUGAAAUAUUUCAAAUGCGAGAUAUUGGGAAAAACGGUUUACCUAAAUUUAUAAAGCUUUGUAUGGAAACGCCAUGUUGGUGUCCCUUUCAGGAACACCAAUAUGGCCGCCGGAUACCAACAGAAACAUCUGUUUUCGAGUUUUCCUACUAAUGCGUGAACUCUUCGCUUGCGGAACUCAUAAAGAUUACAGAAAUAUUUAUUCUGAGACAAGGAAUGUUUAGAUUGCAAAAUCUUCCAAAAUCGGUAAUGUUUUUAACCCACAUAAGAGCUUUCCCGGCCGCUAGCUAAAUGCCGCGUCACGCAAAAGGCUGGAAAUUCAAGCGUCCUCUCUCGCAAAACGAAGAACCCUUUCGAACCAAAAAUUUGUUGAUGUAAAGGUGUUUAGGUACUGUAAUACCUUUUGAAAGUAGAAACUCAGAAGAAUCAAUAGUUUCUUAGUUUGAUUUUUGGUGACGUCACGUGCAACCCAAGAAUAUAUCACAAGUCUUGCUGACGUCAGCUUCCAUAUUGUGGCCUACUUGUACUCGCGGUUUCGAUAUUCGGGUAAAAAUCCGAUGCGGUUUGCGGCUUUUUGGCGUAUUUCUGUGCGGUUUUGCGGUUUUCAGACCCCCCUUACGCCCCCCUCAUUGGACAACAUAAGCCAUGUUACAGUUAAUGUUAUCGGGAAAUACUGAAGCAAUUUCCAUUCCAUCUCCUGCAGAUUGAAAUCGUAAAGCUAAAUCACGAACGGCAACGUUUCAAAUCCCGAAGUAUCGUAUCCAAGUGUAGUAUCUAAAAUCGGCUUGUGGGUUUCAGUGACGGUGUUUUCCGAUUGGGCGACGUUUAAAAAUGUUAAAUGUUCGACAUCGACAGCUCGUAUCAUUUAAUGUUGCGUGACCUCACCACUAAGUGAUUGACGUUGUAAGUGGUUGCUAUGGCAGGGACAAUUAAUAGGAUAAAAUUAUAGUAAUGACUAAUUGCAGCGUCUCUACAGAGAAGAUCUAUCUCCUCAAAUAAUUAGCGAUAUAUACAGAUAAACAUUGAAACAAUAUGAUAUAAACAAAAGCAAUGACAGAACUAACCACGUUGCCCUAACUCUAGAAAGGAAACAAUAAAAAAUGCGCUUAACAGUGCUGAACUAUGCUUAAAAUGCAAUUCACUUCGACUUCUAGAAAGAUCUCAAAAAAAGUUACUAUUAAUUAUUUUUAAUUGCGUAAGCAUAAAGGAGGGAUAUAAUGAAUAAGGAAUGUAUGAAUGUAUGAGUGAUAACUAUACAUUUUAUCUUAAAGCUGGUUGUAGGCCAACUAAUUUCGUUAUUGUGCGGCAGGUAUGAACCAUAAAUUUUAAACCUUGAAGGCAUGAACAUAAGCUUUUAAUUAUUUCUCGCCAGGUCUCCGGCAAUUACUUUAUUAUCUGUCGUAUAAGUUUUUACUCUUUGGUGCAGUAUACCUAGUUUGCUUUAAAUUUGACUUGCAAAUCGUGCUUAGACCAACUACAUGUUGACCAAGACCAGUUUUUGAUAGUGUACUGAAUUGAACGCAAUGGAAAGAGGUGGUCUUCUGUUUAGUUUUUUUCUUGUCUAGACCCCAUCAAGUGUAUACCAAUGCAAUUGUAUGAAGCACAUGGUAUGAAUUGCAGAUAACAUUUCGUCACGUUUGUUGUUGAAGCCACAAGGUUUAAGGGUAAACGUUUAAUCUUUCAGGUUUCAGGUGAAAUUAUUUGCUUGUCAGUGUGAGGGUGAUAAGGAUAUGUCAAAAGAAUAAGUUGAGGGAUGUGGUGCUUUAUCUUUAGAUUUAAUAUUAGGCUUGUCAGUUGGGUGUCAGUAUUCAUGAAAUCUGUCUUUUGAGUAGGCGUUGUGAAGGAGAGAAAAAAGACUAAAUAACCGUUAUUGUGGCUGGUGUUAUUAUUAUUUUUUUCUUUCAUGCGGUUAAGUGUAAAACUGUUGUUUAUUCAAUUUAAAGCUCCCUUGGGGGGCUGUACGUGAAUGGGCGACAAUAUUACAUUAUUGUUUAAUUUUAUAUGUUUUGCCUUCCCGUGCCAAGAAGUGAACUACUCUGAGUGAUUCAUUUAUUUUUAUAUGUAUAUAUAUAUUUUUUGUAAAUAAAAGCGUCCGACCACACAUUCAUCCAUCUAUCCAUUUGCGUGUAAAUUAAUGUUUUUAAAAGCAAUAUCCCUCAGAGUGGGGGAAUAUACUAUUGUCUCAGAAUUAUUUCAUAUUCCAAUAACAUUUUUUUUACCAAGGAUAAUUUUUUUUGCAUUUGCAGACAACAAUUACAGUGUCACGGUAACGCGAAUUUGAAAAAGAAUAGUGCAAUUUUACAAACAGUUGCGCGCUCGUGACAUGUAUUAUAAAGGAACAGUGUAUUUUAUUUAUGUCUUUAUCUUUUUAAAACGUGAAGAAGUUUAAACAUCCUUACCGAGAUCGAGAAACUGUCUGGCAUCAAGUGAACCCGGAUUUCCGGAUUUCAAGUUUAGCCCUUCAAGCACCCAACCACAACUACUGCACGUUUCUUCUAGUGAAUUACACAAUCGUGAAAUAACGUUCAAAAGAUAGCGUAUUCAAAACAAGCAAAACUUGUAAAUAAUAUUUACUAACAGGAUAAAAAAGACAAGCGUUGUUCGGCUGGUUGCUAUCGUUGUUCGGCUGGUUGCUAUCGUGGACGCAUUGUACGGCUGGUUGCUAUCAUUACAUAGGUCUUGAUGACAACAGUCUACUGUACAUCUUUUUCCCACUUUCUUGCAGUGAUCGUCUGUACAGGCUUCUGCUGGUGCACAAUACUUAGUAAAUUUUUGCUGUGAUCCAGGCCCUAUUUCAUGUUCUUUAACACACACUUGGGACUCCCCACAGUUAUAUAUUAUACGGCGUUUAUCACAGUCAUCCCAGGAAAUGUCUGUGUGACAAGUGUAACAUUUCAGGCCCUCGCUAAAUCUGGGACCUGUUGAAAGAAAAGGAAUAGGGAGUUAAGAUGUCACGAUGGCAAUGGCAAAAAAGCAAAAGGUUUAGGCCCUGUCUGCACUAAUGCGUUUUCAAAAGUACGUGUUUUCGUUAUCAUCGAAAACGCAUCGAUCGAUUCGCAUCCACACAUCCACACUACUCUUUUGAUGCGUUUUCGACUGUCCACACUAAGGCCCUGCCGACACUAAUGCGUUUUCAAAAGUAUGCGUUUUCGCUGUCAUCAAAAACGCAUCGAUCGAUUCGCAUUCACACUACCUUUGUAAUGUGUUUUUGACAGUCCAGGCUAAGGCCCUGUCUACACUUAUUUGUUUUCAAAAGUUUGCGUUUCCGUUGUCAUCGAAAACGCGUCGAUCGACUCGCAUCCACACUACCGUUUUAAUGCGUUUUCGACUCUCCACUCUAAGGCCCUGUCCACACUAAUACGAAAACGCAUCGACCGAUUCGCAUCCACACUAAUGCCUGGUUUCCAUUAACGCAUAAGCAUAAGCACAAAGCGGAAGCACAUGUGUAAAGAAGUGAAAACUGGGUCGACAUAAGCGUAAGCACAAUAAAAACGGACAAGUUCGUUCUUCUUGUCCUUGUGCUCAUGUUUAUGUGGUAGCUUUGACCAGUGAAAACGGGGUCGACAUAAGCACAGGCAUAAGCACAAGGCCGUGGACCAAUCAUAGGUCACUUUGACCCAGACCUCAUGCGAACAUAUCAAAAGCAAUAUGGCAGAGCAAGUCCGCCAUCUUGUUUAUCAUUGGGUUAAGGAGACCUGGUAUCGAGAAUUGAGUCAAAUAUGCCAUUCUGCGCGUGCGUAUGUCCUUGUGCUUAUGCUUAUGCGCUAGUGAAAACCAUGCCAACGCUUUUUCGGUUGAAAACGCAUACAUUCGAUGCUUUUAGGCCUUCCGUCCACAUUAAUACAAUGCGAUUUGAAAACGCUCUUGAAGUGGGUCAAAACGAAAACACGUACAUAUCGUGUUGGUGUGGACGGUCGAAAACGCAUCAAAAUGAAAACAAUGACCGAAAAUAUCGCAGGCCCGUGUGUUGGUAGCAUGGGCGUGGACUUAAAAUUAAGUCACAACGUGCAAUUUUAUCGUUUUUAAACGUUUUGACAGUCGAAAACUCAUCAAAACGUUAGUGUGGACGCGAAUCGAUCGAUGCGUUUUCGAUGACAACAAAAACGCAUUAGUGUGGUUCGAAAAAGAUAGAAUUGCCCGUUGUAAAGGCACCUGUUCGCCCGCACUUCCUGACCUUUGCAUACUGCUAAUGUCUACCCACAUUUUUCGAAAAAUUGGGGUGUUUCUUUGUGUUGCGGAAACUAUUGUUGACUCAUGGUUGGUUAGUUAUUGUGUGGUGAUGUCCUUAUUGUUCAGUGUCUUUUCAAUGUAUGUAUUACGUCAUGUGGUGAUCGCGGUGUGGCAGUGUAGUGGUUAGGAAGCGAGAUUGUAUAGGUAUACGUGAGGUCUAGUUCAAUUCUGGGACUAGAAUUCUUCCUUUUUAUUAACAACACUUUCAAUGACAGAUCAAAAAAUAAUUAAGUGUCUUACGAAAAGUGGUAACGAUCGUUUACCAAAAGAAAAACCCGGGUCGGCUUAAACUCUUGCGGUGUCAAGUCAGUCACAUGGCAUAAAAGGCUGUACCUUCAAAAACUACUCAUUCAGGAAGAAUUUGUUUGCAUUUGUAAACAUUGUUUGAGUUCAUCGGGGCAGAUCAUUGUGCUGAAAUCAAAACAGUUCUUGGGAGUCUUUUAAAGUGAGGCUUCCAAAGGGUGUAGUCGCGUCGCCACGUUGCCUUUUUUUUUAUUCCUUUAUUUCACCCAACCAGCGGUUGCUAAAUUAAGUCGCCGUCCCUUCCAAAUUUCUCUACGUGCUUAAAGUAGAGGAUGGUGACGCUGAUGGCCAUAACGUUCUUAGGUCAUAGUCUCUUGAUAAAGGUAAUUCAAUACAACAUGAGAUUAUAAGAGGUAAUUUGGGCACGUGGCGGGAGCCCUCACAUUCUAUAGUUAAAAGCAUGAAUUGACUACCACAAGUUUCCACUGAAGCAGAAACAUUCAUUAAUCACGAAAUGUUUGUGUGUCAUGGCUAUAUAUAAUAGCUUUGGAUACUUUCAUAAAUGCUUCCAAAUAUGGCCGCAGUAUUAGAUUGUUGUUUUGUUUUGGUAGAAAUGCAGCGAAAAUAGCCGUAGUCAAGAUAGCCAGACAAAAAGAUCCUAUAGUUUUUAAAAGUGAAACGUGUCGUUUUAAUUUGUCGCUUUGCUAGAAAAGCGCUUGAAAGCCCGCUGCUUUCUCGCUUACCCCAGCCAUAACAUCUAGACCGCUGCCUGUGGUUUUUGAGGGGUGGUGGACGUUAUUCUUGUCAAUGUGGCUGUGGUAGGUGAUUUGAGACGAGUCGCCUGCGGCUCUAAGGGCGAAAAGCGUCAUCAGUUUUCUAAAAUAUUAAAUCUCCACCAGCGAAUUGAUACGUGAGCUAUAGCUGACAUUUUUGUAAUGGUUUGAAAUGAAACACUUGAGUGGUCGACUUGUGAUUUCAGCUGCCUGAGAUUUCCAUUGUCUUCAUCUUGUUUUCUUGAACGCAAAAUAUAUAAUUUCCAGACUAUUUACUACUGUCUGUCUCUUGCAUAUUAUUUUCCUCUGAGCCUUUAAACUGACCUUGAGAGACAUGUAAUAUUUAUAUCGCCCACUAAUUUAAUAUGUAAAAUACAAAGUACAUUAUCACCCGCUUCCAACGUAAAGUUUGUUUGAAAAUGGUAUCAGGACUUUGGAUUCAGCUUUGAUACAAAUUUUAGUAAGAGAACCUUUACAACGUGAGUGAAGUAUCGUGACUAAUGAAUAUGCAUGUCAGCGAACCAGAACCAGUUAAACAGUGAUUCGCACUUAGUUGUAGAAGUUUGGUUUAUACGUCAACUCGCUUUAAGGAUAAAAUUUUGCGAGUUAAAGUCCACCGUCUCCGUGCGUUUCUGCAUUUUUCCCACCUCUCACUUGUAAUUAUUUAAACAUGUCUGUAAACAUGACCUGCGCAAAAACCACUUACCAUUGGACAACAUAAGCCAUGUUACAGUUAAUGUUAUCGGGAAAUACUGAAGCAAUUUCCAUUCCAUCUCCUGCAGAUUGAAAUCGUAAAGCUAAAUCACGAACGGCAACGUUUCAAAUCCCGAAGUAUCGUAUCCAAGUGUAGUAUCUAAAAUCGGCUUGUGGGUUUCAGUGACGGUGUUUUCCGAUUGGGCGACGUUUAAAAAUUUUAAAUGUUCGACAUCGACAGCUCGUAUCAUUUAAUGUUGCGUGACCUCACCACUAAGUGAUUGACGUUGUAAGUGGUUGCUAUGGCAGGGACAAUUAAUAGGAUAAAAUUAUAGUAAUGACUAAUUGCAGCGUCUCUACAGAGAAGAUCUAUCUCCUCAAAUAAUUAGCGAUAUAUACAGAUAAACAUUGAAACAAUAUGAUAUAAACAAAAGCAAUGACAGAACUAACCACGUUGCCCUAACUCUAGAAAGGAAACAAUAAAAAAUGCGCUUAACAGUGCUGAACUAUGCUUAAAAUGCAAUUCACUUCGACUUCUAGAAAGAUCUCAAAAAAAGUUACUAUUAAUUAUUUUUAAUUGCGUAAGCAUAAAGGAGGGAUAUAAUGAAUAAGGAAUGUAUGAAUGUAUGAGUGAUAACUAUACAUUUUAUCUUAAAGCUGGUUGUAGGUCAACUAAUUUCGUUAUUGUGCGGCAGGUAUGAACUAUGAAUCUUAAACCUUGAGGGCAUGAACAUGAACUUUUAAUUAUUUCUCGCCAGGUCUCCGGCAAUUACUUUAUUAUCUGUCGUAUAAGUUUUUACUCUUUGGUGCAGUAUACCUAGUUUGCUUUAAAUUUGACUUGCAAAUCGUGCUCAGACCAACUACAUGUUGACCAAGACCAGUUUUUGAUAGUGCACUGAAUUGAACGCAAUGGAAACAGGUGGUCUUCUGUUUAGUUUUUUUCUUGUCUAGACCCCAUCAAGUGUAUACCAAUGCGAUUGUAUGAAGCACAUGUUAUGAAUUGCAGAUAACAUUUCGUCACGUUUGUUGUUGAAGCCACUAGGUUUAAGGGUAAACGUUUAAUCUUUCAGGUUUUAAGUGAAAUUAUUUGCUUGUCAGUGUGAGGGUGAUAAGGAUAUGUCAAAAGAAUAAGUUGAGGGAUGUGGUGCUUUAUCUUUAGAUUUAAUAUUAGGCUUGUCAGUUGGGUGUCAGUAUUCAUGAAAUCUGUCUUUUGAGUAGGCGUUGUGAAGCAGACAAAAAAGACUAAAUAACCGUUAUUGUGGCUGGUGUUAUUAUUAUUUUUUUCUUUCAUGCGGUUAAGUGUAAAACUGUUGUUUAUUCAAUUUAAAGCUCCCUUGGUGGGCUAUACGUGAAUGCGCGACAUUAUUACAUUAUUGUUUAAUUUCAUAUGUUUUGCCUUCCCGUGCCAAGAAGUGAACUACUCUGAGUGAUUCAUUUAUUUUUAUAUGUAUAUAUAUAUUUUUUGUAAAUAAAAGCGUCCGACCACUCAUUCAUCCAUCUAUCCAUUUACGCGUAAAUUAAUGUUUUUAAAAGCAAUAGUCCUUAGAGUGGGCGAAUAGACUAUUAUCUCAGAAUUAUUUCAUAUUCCAAUAACAUUUUUAUUACAAAGGAUAAUUUUUAAUUGCAUUUGCAGACAAUGAUUACAGUGUCACGGUAACGCGAAUUUGAAAAAGAAUAAUGCAAUUUUACAAACAGUUGCGCGCUCAUCAAAUGCAUCAUAAAAGAACACUGUAUUUUAUUUAUGUAUUUAUUUUUUUUGAAAUGUGAUUUUGCAGUUCCCGCUUGUUGACCGUUACAGUGUUUUGUCGCGUGGUAAUUAAAGGGGCUGCUGUUUAUAUGAUAACGGAAUGACUUUCAUUCCGGAUUGAGUUUCGUUCCAGAGUGAAAUUCGCACUGCCCUCACAUGAUAAAACCAAACGGCUCGGCCAGGGCGUUAUCGCUCGCGUGGUUUUCGCGCCACAUCAGAUACUCAUGCGCCACUCGCCGCAGACUACACGAUUUGGUGAUUUUCAGUUUACAUGAUACCAGAAUGAAAUUUCGUACCAGAUCGAGAGUAUCAUUCGGAAUGAAAACCGGAAUGAACUCGUUCCAGAAUGACUUGUACGGGAACGAACUGUCGUUUCGGUGCUUUGUAAACAAAUACAGAGAAAAAAAAGAGAUGGAAUGAACUAAUUCAAGAAUGAAAGUCAUUCCGGUAUCAUGUGAACAGCCCCUAAGCCUGCGUUUAUCUACGCAUGUCAGGGAACGCGUUUUGCGGCGACGAUAGUAUCGAUACAGCGCUGCUGUAAAUGUGUGUUUAUUUUUUUUUUCUGUAAAACCAUGGGUCUAUGUGUAGUGUACAUUCAGUAAAACCCCGCGACUAAGAACCUAGAUUUUCCCAAGUUAGCCUUAACAGGUUCUUAUAUAAAAGGUAGUUAGCCCAAGUUUAGGCUGUUUAGCUUCUUAAAUAGGUCCUUGGUCUCUGAAGAAAAAAAUACAAUAUAGCUAAGAGCAUUUAGUCGUUCGGCUUAUUCCUCAUAUAUAAUCUGCAUACCAAAUCAGAGGUUAUGUAAAGAUGACCAUAAAAAGAAGAACUGAAGCAUUGAUCGCAAGAAUGUUGAAGUCCUACUUCAGAACAUAGCAUACAUUUAUUGUAAUUGUAAUGUUGUAAUAUAUAUAUGUAUCAAUAACAAUUUUAUGUGGUUUUAAACAUCGGCAUUUACAUUGCAGUUGGACUGAUAAAGCACCUAUGUCUUCAAAGAGUGUUCUGGAUGUUGACUUAUCCUAUUUGCCUAAGUGUACAGAAUGUUUUCAUAGAUUGUAGAAAAUAAGAACCUGUUUUAAAUGUUAGGCUAAACAGGUUCUUAUAUAGAGGGGGCUUAACUAGCGAAUUUUAGUCAAGAGAGGAAAUUGUUUGUAUAAUCGCACUAUCAUUAAAGUGUCCACUAAAGAAAGGUUACUUGACUCGUUGAACUUACUCGAUCAAUCAGUCAACAAAGGCUGCCCUCGAAUAAACGCCACCCCCUUGAGAAGAUAGGCUGUUCACAGUCCCCUAUUUUCCGUAAGAUCUUCGAAACCGAGCACUUUGCGUCACGGGCGGCCAUCUUGGAUGAGUGUCAAAUCUACUUAGGGGAAGGGACGUUCCAGACGCCCUCUUCCUCGGGUACCGAUGAAACCAAGAUGGCCGCCAGUACCGGUGAGCGCUCGAUCCUGACGAUCUAACGAAAAAAUAGGGGACUGACUAAUCAGAAAAAUGCGACGUUUAUUUGAGGAUUAUUAGAAAAAAACGCCUUACCCUUUGUAACCAACACCAUCCAGACAAUUACUAUUCUCUCUCGGCGAAAAAGCGAGUCAUUGGAACUUUAAACAAAUUUCUGUUUAACAUUACAUUUACAAAUGAUUUAUCGUAAUUUUUGUCAUUGAUUUGAAAAAUGUAAUUUUGAAAUAAACGCCGUUUCGAAAACGCUGAAAAUUUGAUAAACGGCGCAGCGGUUAAUCGAAUAGAUACAGCAAAUAGGCCAGUUUCAUAUUAUCAAAAUUCAUGCUUUGCUCCGAGGCUGAGGGGUAUAGAAAAAUAGAAAUCGCACUGAGUUUUAGGGAUGAAUAGAGUUGAACCUCCAUGUGCGACCACCUCUCGUAAGCGACUACCUAUUCAAAACACCAAAAUUUACUCAGUCAGAGCCCUGUAGUUGGAACCUUUCGUAAACAACCACCUCUUGUAAGCGACCGCCACCACGACCACGUUUCGGGCUGACGAUUUAAUAAUUUUCCAUGUAAGGGACUAUUUGACGCUGUAUGUAGUUUCCUAUUUAGAGUAUGAGAGAAACUCUUAUCAACAACGUGGAACUACACAUAUUGCAAUUUAGAAACCGCAUGCCAUAAAUUAUCUUCCAUAAAAAAGUAUGUGACAGACAUCUUCACGGAAGAAACACCCCGUGGUUCGAUUCUUGUAAACGACCACCUCUUAAUCUUCGCAUUUUGGGUGGUCGCUUACCGGAGGUUCCACUGUAUUUUUUUUUUCUGUUUUAUACCUCUCAGCCUUGGAGCCAGCCAAGUAUGGAUUACUGGUCUCUUGAUUUACAAGUUUCAACCAAUAAUCAGCAUUUAUCUUGUUUGUGGUACAUGUAAAGCCUUUAUACACAUUCCUUUGCAUCGAUUGGACAUUAUUUUAUAUUCUGCAUUUUAGAUUUUACAAUAUUGCAUUUUUAAGCCCAAUUUCACACGUUGUUAUCAUAUUGCAUUUUUACAUAAACUGUUUUCUUCGAGGUGUGAGAUUUUUGUUACUCACGAAGUUAUCUCCUUUGUUUGCAGCCUCGACAGAAAUAAAGAUAUGCGGGACAAACUAGGCACUGCCAAGUCAAUCAAGGAAAUGAAGGAAAUAUGCAGCACGUUAAAAGACAGAACUCUGGUAUGCGAUCAGGGCUGAAAAAGUCCCGUAGUAGUAGUAGUUAUUCUCGCUGGGCAAGUAACUUUUAAAGCUUAUUUACCCAAUUAGCAAGAGUCCAGGCAAGCCAUCCUGUAAUAAAAUCAUUAACUGAGACGAGCAAGAAGUGGCCCUGGGCAAGAAAAAUAUGACAGCUGCUUGCCCAAAGGACAAGCUGGAAUUCAAUUUUUUUUUUCGUGCCCUGGUAAUGUUGUAACCACAGUAAGAUAGUUCAUAUUAAAUGCUCUAUUUAUAGUGAAAGUGCACUUAGCUUUCCAGCUUGCUUAUAGAGAGAUUUAUCCAAUGUAAAGAUUUUCCCCCAUAGGUAUUUUAAAUGGGGCCCAAGGGACCCAAGGGGUUUCUGCAGUAAAGGUGGGGGUUGCUCUGGCUUUGCGCAUGGCGCGUCUCGUAUGUGCUUCUGCGGUCCGUCGGUUUUCUGCCGCACGAGCCACAGUAGUGACUUUGCUACGCGCGGUUGGACAGUCCUGGGCAAUCAAGUUCCAAGUGCUGGGGUUGAUAUUCAGGUCUACGAGGGAAUCUUUGAGGCAGUCUUUGAGACGUUUCUUCUACCUGCCGUCCCCAACUGAGCAUUUGCCCUGACAGAGUUUUGCGUACAGUAGCUGCUUUGGCAUGGUGAUCAGUCAUUCUGGCGACAUGGCCUCUCCAUCAAGCCUGGGCUUUCUGUCGGAGGGUGUGAACACUGGUGAUGUCGGUCCUUUCUAAGCCCUCUGUAUCCGGAAUGUUGUCCUGGAAUCUAAUGUGGAGAACUAUGCGGAGGCAGCUCAGGUGGAAAUGGUUGAGCUGCUUGGCGUUUCUGCUGUAGACAGUCCAGGUCUUGCAGGCGUAAAGGAACGUGGUCGAUAUCACUGCAAGAUAGACCUUCAGCUAAGUAGUGAGGCUGAUAUCCCUCCACUCCCAGACAUUCGUACAGAGGCUUCCGAAGGCGCCGCUGGCCUUAGCCAUCCUGUUUUUGACUUCAGCAUCGAUGUACACCACUCUAUAGGAUGUACUACCCAGAUAGGUGAAGUUGUCAACUGCCUGUAGGUUUUGCCCCUUAACCGUAAUGUGUGAUUCCUGGUAAGGCUUUCCAGGUGCAGGCUGAUACAUGACUUCAGUCUUUUUGGUGCUGAUGGUAAGACCGAAGUUGUCACACCUUGAGUAA